AUUCAUUGUGCGCAUGCGUGGCCAAGCAGCCAUUGUAUAGCGGAAGCUGCGGUGCUUCUUAGUUCCGUUGCAGAACGAGCUCGCAAAAUGGCGAAGAUUGCCAAAACACACGAAGGUAAACGUUAUCAGAUCGAUUUGAAAUGUAUAUAUCGGCAUCUAAGGACGUAGUCUAUGCGUAAUAUUCCCUGUGAGGCAGUGAGUUAGAGGGAGAUGUGGAGGUUUGUGUCCCUGAGGUCCUGCGUGGUGUAAUGGCGCCCAGGUCUUGUUGUUGGUAUAGAUUAGGAUGGCCUUAGCUCGCAGUUUUCAGGAAGACUUUUAUAGUGAAGCUUACUGCCCUCUUGUGUGUCAUAUGCACUCGAUCGAUAGUGCUUACAUCCUUUUAGGGGAGCGUUGUGUGAUGCAUAGGUAUAGACCUUGUACAAGGUGGGCAUAGUGGCUGUUUUACCCAGCACUGUACACGUGUACCAUCAGUCUGCCUUAUAGUGAGGCUCUGCGCAUUGUUUACUAGUGGGAUUACUGAAAUGGGAGUUUAUCGUGCAUGUGAUUUUGAAAAACGAUUACUUGUUAAUGUUUGGGAUUAUAGGCCUAUGUUUAUGAUGGCUGGUCAUUGUUUUGAUGGCAAGGAUCACCAUUAUAAAAUGAUCCUUGGGUUUAAAAUAUAAUUUUUUUUAACACAACGAAUUUACAGUGCCUAGCUAUUUAACCCCUUAAGGACACAUGUGACAUGUCAUGAUUCCCUUUUUAUUCCAGAAGUUUGGUCCUUAAGGGGUUAAUUGAACACAGAAAAGACUUGUAAAUACUGGCAAUAAUGUUUUUUCCUUUUUUUUUUUUUUUCUUACCUUUUAGUUUAAGAAAAGAUCCAAAUAUAACUAUAUAUUCUGCAGUUUUAUGUGAGCAGGAAACCUAUGUGGCAUAAGUUUUUGAUUGUUCAUUUUAUGAUAAAGUACUGUGGUGUAUAGAACUGCCACUGUGUUGAUAACCUGAUCAAGUACUGCUCCAGACACUUAUGAUGCUUGAUCUGUUCACAUUGAUGCCUUAAGCCAGAGGUAGGCAACCUUCAACUUUCCAAAUGUUGUGUACGUUUUCCUUGAUGCUUUGCCAGCGUAAUGGCUGUAAGAGUGUUAUGGGAGAUGUAGUCCACAAUAUCUGGAAUGCAAAAUGUUGACCUACUUUUGCUGUAAGCACCUCCUCCUGGUAGGAUCAGCUUUAGCUUAACCCCUUAAAGGACCACUAUAGGCACCCAGACCACUUCAGCUUAAUGAAGUGGUAUGGGUGCCAGGUCCAGCUAGGUUUAACCCUUUUUGCAGUAAACAUAGCAGUUUCAGAGAAACUCCUAUGUUUACCUAUGGGUUAAUCCAGCCUCUAGUGGCUGUCUCAUUGACAGCCGCUAGAGGCGCUUCUGUGCUUCUCACUGUGAUUUUCACAGUGAGAAGAUGCCAGCGUCCAUAGGAAAGCAUUGAUAAUGCUUUCCUAUGAGACUGGAUGAAUGCGCGCGCGGCUCUUGCCACGCAUGCGCAUUCAGCCGAUGAUGGGAGGAGAGUCCCAGCUCCCGGCGCUAAAAAAAAAAAAAAGGUAAGGGAUUAACCUCUCCCUCCCCUUCAGUGGGAGUGGGACCCUGAGGGUGUAUAGUGCCAGGAAAACGAGUAUGUUUUCCAGGCACUUUAGAGGUCCUUUAAGGACGGGGGACAUUCUAUGCCACCCUUAGGGACCCGGCUCUAAACACCGGAGGGCGGCAUAGAACGUCCUUUGUUCUUACCCCAGCGAUCACAGUAUGGGGACUUACCAGGGAGUCCCCCUGCUUCCUCUUUGGUCCCUCUGGGCCAUGUGAUCGCAAGGUCCUUGUGAGGACCUCACAAUCACAUGGACGGCAUAGCCGUCCAAGGCAUUGCCAGCAGGGGGAGUGCCUGUAAUGAUAGGUACAGUGUCCUGAGGGACACCUGAAUUGUGACAAUUGGGCAGUGAGACUGCAAGGGCUUAAAGGACCACUAUAGUGCCAGGAAAACAUACUCGUUUUCCUGGCACUAUAGUGCCCUGAUGGUGUCCCCACCCUCAGGGACCCCCUCCCGCCUGGCUCUGGAAAGGGGAAAGGGGUAAAAACUUACAUUUUUCCAGUGCUGGGAAGGGAGCUCUCCUCCUUCUCUCCUCCUCCGUUCCUCCUCCGUUCCUCCUCCUGGGCUGAAUGCGCACGCGCGGCAAGAUGAAAAUAACGAACACCUGAAAAUAAGUGACUAGUGUGUCCUAAUAUAUUUGACAUUUUGACCAGUUUAUGAAUUUCAUAGGCUUUGAUAUUCCCUAGUUUUGUGUUGUGUGCUGAGUGAUUUUCUUUGUUUGACCUCUAAAACAUGGUGAUCAUUGAUCAGUGUGCACAAAUUAUAGGAUAAUUUUUGUGCUUGUAAAGUAUGAGGACACAAUGCCUUACUCCUUGUAAGAUGUGCAAAUAUAAAUUGUACAUCGAUUUAUUAUGCAAUGCACAUUUGGGUAAUGUCAACUAGUAUACCGCAAAAUCGUCAGCGGUAAUUACUGUUACUGGCAUGUAGAAUAGUACUGUUUCUGGCAUCGUAUUGUUAUCCCAUCAACUGCUGCAGUUUUGCUUGUUUAAAGUUGUUGCCAUGAUUUUCUUAUGUAAGAGAUUGGGAUGGGCCAUUCUAGUAUAUCCAAAUAUUAUGAAACGUGUGAUCAUAAGCUUUUAGUGCAUUUAUUUAUUUAGACUGUAGUGCAGAGCUGGUAAGAAGAUGCUAGUGUUUUAAUUGGUGUACUUACCCAAAAGUCAACAUCUAUUUUUAAAGAAAAAAAUGUUUUAACCCCAGUUAGCCUUGCUUGAAAGGGAUUACACCUUGGCUAUGUAAUCACUUAUCACUCUAUUGGACAUAUUUCAUUACAUUCCGUACUGAAAAUCUAACAUGUAAUAUAAACAAAAAUUCUUAACAAAACUCGAUGUAAGUAUUGACUGAAAACUAAGCAGUUUUGUUUGUUAGACAAAAUAUAAUUUGAAUGGGUAUAAUUGUGUAACAGUAAGGUUUUAGGCAGUUGUGUAGGUUUCUGGAAUGGAGUCUAAUUAUUUGUAGACUAUGCAAAUGCAACAUAGACCUAAAGGUAAACCCCUGAGUAAAUCAUUGAAGUAGUUGUAAUGACUUUACUAGCAGCAUAGUUAUGUCCCUAAAGGUGACCUUGUCUACUCAUUUGCUUAUGAAAAAUCAAUGCUAAAUCUGACAAAUUCUGCAAAUCAUUUUAUGAAAAUGAAUAAUCUGUUAUCUUGUUUUGUAGAUAUUGAAGCACAGAUUCGAGAAAUUCAAGGGAAAAAGGCAGCUCUUGAUGAGGACCAAGGAGUCGGUCUUGAUUCAACUGGAUAUUUUGAUCAAGAAAUUUAUGGUGGCAGUGACAGCAGAUUUACUGGUUAUGUAACAUCUAUAGCCGCAAAUGAACAGGAAGAUGUAAGUAAUAAUUAGUGAUUAAAAGUUUAAACAUCACAAAACAUUAACCCCUUAAGGACGGCGGGCGUACUAUGCCAUCCUUGAAGGGGUGGGCAUAAACGCCGAAGGGUGGCACAGUACGCAUUGUCGUCCUCUCCCCGUCCUGCGGCCCUACACUUACCUGGACUGGUGAUCCCGAUCGGGGGGGACUGCCUCAGAGCCCAGCAGCCCCCUUACAACAGCUCCAGGACAUGUGAUCACUAUGAUAAUCACAUGGCUGCAAUAGGAGUCUAUGGAGCUGCCUGCAGGGAGACUGGCUGAGCUCUCAGGAAGUCCCCCAGACGCCAAAAAAAAAUUAGAUUCAUCAAAUAAAUAAAUAUACUAUACAUGUAUUAUAUGUAUAAUUAAAGCAUUUUAUAAUUCUACAUAUAUAAUGCAUAUAUAUAUAAUUUCAUUAUAAGUGUACUGUGUGUGUGACCAAAGAUGGCUAGGGCUACACUCACCUGAACAUGCAUAAAUUAUAUAUAUAUAUAUAUAUAUAUAUAUAUAUAUAUAUAUAUAUAUAUAUAUACACACAUAUAUACAUUUCUGAAUUAUAAUUUAAAGGACCUGCAAGACAGUCCAGAGAAUUUAAUUAGGAAGCCCUGUAACUUUCCAAAACACUAUAAAACCUUUACAUGUGGGAUAUUGUCAUACUCGGAAGACUUUGUUGAACACAAAGGAGUGUUUCAAAACACUAAAACUUAUAACGACGAUAUUACCAGUAAAAGUGCAGUUUUUGUGUAAAACAAAAUAAAUGAGUGCUAACUUUAGCCAGCGUUUGUGAUUAAGUGGCUGCUAGAAAAGACUGAACAUACCCCAUUUUGAAUACCCUGGUUUGUUUACUUUUUCAAAUGCUAUGUCAUGGUGGGGUUCAUUUUCAUUUCUGGGCUGCCAUACCGUCUCAAAAUCAACAUAGCCAAUCUGGCAAAUAGCAAUUUUGCAAAAACAGAAAUUGGCAAAUCUUAGGUUUGACCCUGUAACUUUCCAAAUCACCAUAAAACCUGUACUUGAGGAAUACUGUUGUACUUUACGCAAAUAUGAGUGUUUUAGUGUAGUAAAAUGUAUUAUACUAAUAUCAUCAGUGAAGGGGCAGUUUAUUUGUGAAAAUGCCAUGAUGGUGUUAAUUUGUAUUCCUGGGCUGCCAUACGGUCUCAAAGGCAACAUAGGCCCAGCAAACCAAUCUGGCAAAUUUCAAUGUGCAAAUAUGGAAAAGGGGAAAGCCCUACAUUUGACUGACCCUUGUAAGUUUCCAAAAACCCAUAAAACCUGUACACUGGGGAUACUGUUGUACUCGUGAGACAUUUCUGAAUACAAAUAUGUGUAUUUUAUUUCAGUAAAAUCCAACAGUAUCAUGACAUUGACAUUCACAGUUAAAAUGUCAUGCAGAACUUGAAAAAUAAGUUAUUAAUUGCUCAUACUUUUUUAGAUUUUUAGUCAUAUUAAAUUGUUUCAUAUAUAAAUAUUUAAUAUGAAAUGAAAGACCUGUCUCUCCUGAACAAAGUGAUUAUGUAAUAAAUGUGGGUGCACUUAAUAUGAAAGAGGGGAAUUAUGGCUGCACCAUAUAUAGCGCAAUUUCCAGGUUUUGUUUACGUUUUGAUCACAAGUUGUACAAUUGGCUCAGUCUUUAAGGGGUUAAAUGGAUUUCAAUAUGUUUGAAUCCAUAUUCCCUACACUAUGUGCAGUUUUGUUUUGAGUGCAUAUACCCAGGCUUCCAAAUAGUAAUAGUAUACAAUGGAUGAAUAAUACAAAUUUGCUUGUAUGCGAGAAAUAUACUUUAUGCUGUGUACAUAUACAUAUAUUAAAAUAAACACAUGGAUGCUUAUUAGAUUACCGGAGUAGAUUUUAUCCGUUAUCAUUUAUUAAUCAUCACAGCACAAUUAUAUAAGAGGGGGAAAAAAAGAUAGAGAUCCCCCUCUCCCCUCUCCCCUCGUAGAUGUAAAAAACAGAUAAAAUUCUUAUCGUGUAAUACCUUUUUUUUUUUAUUGGUGUUGGAUUUUAUGUGUAUAUAUAUAUAUAUUCCCCUCUCUCUCUUAGGGAAACUUAUGUACUCCCACCUAAUCGGAAGUAAACUUUUCUGCAGUAUUGUAUUCACACCAAUAUUUUCUGUUCUGCAGGACGACGAUGACUGUUCUGCUGCAACAUUUGAGCAGAAGAAGCCGGGUUAUCAUGCUCCGGUGGCAUUACUCAAUGACAUCCCUCAGUCCACUGAACAGGUAAUUAUUGACCACACUAGUAGUAGAUCCCAUGCUUAAUUUCUAGGUAAACACAAGUUGUAAUUUUACUGGCACAAUGGAUAAAUGCUCUUUUAAAGGAGCUUUUUAAAUGAGGGGCUGGACUCCUAGUCACUUUUUUCUCAACCAAUUAGUUAGCUGUUUUAUCUUCUAAAUAUUCCCUGUCUAAUUCACAAAUACUCUAAUAUCCAUUCUUAUUAUAUGCUAUAAUUGUGACACCUGGCACUAUGAGGCAGGUUUAAUUCGUCAUUUAAGAAGUGCACUGCUGAUGAAUUGGCCAGCUGGUAACCUAGCAUAAAGGAAUACUCUGGUUGCUAGUACUACUUAGGUGAUCUAGCCAUGAGAGGUUAAUUUGAAAAUGAAGUGGCUUUGGUGCUUUGACUGUCUUUUUAAUUUCAUUAAAUCCUUUUCUCUUUUUCCCCAUAGUAUGAUCCAUUUGCAGAGCAUCGGCCACAGAAGAUCGCAGAUCGGGAAGAUGAAUAUAAAAAGCACAGGCGAAUGAUGAUUAUUUCCCCUGAGCGAUUAGAUCCUUUUGCAGAUGGUAAAUAACUUUUUAUUAUAAUUCUUUUAAUACAUACAUGUAAUUAUUUUUUAUUUAUUUUUGGUGGUGUAUUAAGUUUAGAUUUUUCUUUUGAAUUCCUCCCUCAGUUUUUUUUUUUUUGUUUGUUUGUUUGUUUUUUGUUUUUCUCUUUGCCAGACACUUUUCAUUGGUUAAGUCUACAAGACAAAAGUAUAAACCGUUUGUAUUUUUAAUGCAAGUUGAAGUGGCAUGAUUUUUUUUUAUUAUUAUUUUUUGUGUGUGUGUGUGUGUGUGUGUGUGUGUGAGAAAAAGACUUGCUCUCAAGGCAGAGCCUGUAAACAAUAAAUACCCUGUUGCAAGCGAUACUUGGGGUCUUCCCCCUGGGGAGUAAAUAGUAGCUUAUAUGAACCCUGUUGCAUAGAUUUUUGUCUUAUUUAUUUUUAGUGCUACAGGUUUUCUAGAAUGUUGCAUACCUUUAUGCUACCAGAGUGUCCUGCCUCAUGCUCAUUCUCUAAGAUCCAGUGGCUUAAUGGAGCUUUCCACCACAGAAUAAGCAUUUUUAUGUUGCUCUUAUCUUUUAUAUUACAGGCCAGUGUGAUACAUCACAUACAAGAUGUAUUGAGUUCAGGAGCAGGACAAUCUUGGUAGCUUUGCACUGCAGGUUAUUUGUAAUAAUGUUUCAACCUGCAUAUAAGAGGGAUGGGUUUUGUGUUUUGGGAAAUUGUAAAUGAUUUAAACAAUGCUUGUCAGAAUUCACAGGCCCAUACUAACUGUCCUUAAUUUCUUUCCUACAGCAGUACUGCUAAAUGCCAGUCCUGUCUGCAUUCUUAAGGGUGCAGUGCAACACAUCCUGUGUAGCUAAUGGUGAAAAAGUAAUCCAAAGGAAGUCUUAUCAUAUCUAGUGUCUGAGUGACACUACCAAUUGGGCAUGGUUUCCAACAUUGAAAAUGUAUAAUUUAAUUUAGUGGACCCAAAGUAGAGCUUUAUGGACAGCACCCUUUUUCCUGUUCACUUACGAUAUAUAUGGAGAAAAUUAUAGUACUUGAGAACUGAAAUAUUGGUGAUUAUUCCCUUACAUGGGAAAUCUGUAUUGGUAACAUAACCUUUGCUAAUUAUAUUUUAGUUAUAAAAUGCCCUCUUGAUUAAGUUCAGUGUUAAUGGUUUUGAUGCAGGGCAAAGUGGGAAAUUGGGCCCAUUGCCAUAAUUGUGUGUUGUCAUACACUGGUUUGCUCAGAUCAAUUGCAUAGGUUCUUCAUGGUUCCAGCACCCCUCUUGGAUCACCCUCGAAUAUAAAAACUGAAAAUUGCUCUUUGUGCUCCAUAGUGAGCGUCCUUUAUCAGUCACUAGAAAGUUUUCUUAAAAUGAAACCCAAAAUGUUUUGGAGCCACAGUUAGGCAUUGUUUUGGAUAUAAUCAAACUUACCCAGGUAAUGUUUAUGAGUAUACAUUUUCCAAAGUGUUACUAAUGGUAAAGAGAUGAUUUUCUAGGCUUCUAUUCUGCUGCUUGAAGUCAGAACUGCUGAUGGAGACAAAGGCACGAAAGUGUACGUAUUCUGGAUUAGCAACCACGGAAUCCAUCACUUCUGAAGAUGCUACACUGCUUUGUCAUUUUUAAUUUUACCUGCAUUAAUAUAUAUGCUUUUAAACUGUAGUUGUGUUCAAACAGGUUACAUAGAAUGAAAAACUCAUUAAAGUAAGCUAUGUUAUAAUGUGAGAUUAAUUUUAAACUUAAAAUAUGCAAGUGGGUUAGCAUAUGGCUAGGCUAUUUUUUUUUUUUUUUUUUUAUAUAUAUAUAUAUUUUUUUCUUCUUUUUCUUUUUCAAGAGGUCUAUUGAAAAUUCACUUGAAUUUAUUGAUUUCUACUCCUGUUGCUGUUCUUUUCUGCAGGGGGCAAGACGCCAGAUCCAAAAAUGAAUGCAAGAACAUAUAAGGAUGUCAUGAGAGAGCAGCAUUUGACAAAAGAAGAGGUAUGUCAACUAUAAAGCAGAGAAACCAUAUUUCAGCUUUAUAGUGUUAGUAAUUUGUAAUUAUGUGAUUUUAAUUUGGUGUGAGAUUCUGAAGUUUUUAUUUUUUACUCUAAUAAGCCAGAAAUUAGACCUAUUCAUAAAAUAAAUUUUUAUUUUUUAUUUUUAUCAAAACCAUUACUAAUUACAGUUUAAUUUGCAUAUAUUGCAGUGUAACCUAAACAAUCACAUUCUAAUGGCAUUUAAGUAUCCGGGAGGAGGAAGCUAUUUUAGCACAGUUCUGUUAAGUGGUGUAAUGACUUUAGGUAGAACUCUCUUUUAAUUUCAAUGAAAAAAAUUGGUUGGCAGUAAAAUCUUUGGCUUAACCUUGUAUAUCAGAAUUUAUCAAAGAUACGUUGUUUCAAAUUAGUGAUCCAUUGUGAGGUGUGAGAGGUGCUCAGUAGUGUCUUCACUUAAAUGACCACUAUAGUGCCAGGAAAACAAACACUCUUUCCUGGCAUUCUAGUAUCUUUAGGUCCCCCCUCCACUCUCAAAGUCCCACUACCACCAAGCUGAAGGGGUUAAACACUUGCCUUUCUCCAGCGCCGGGCCACUUCGGCACUCUCCUCCCUCUGCCGGUGCCGAAUGCGCAUGCGCGGCAAGAGCCGCGGGUGCAUUCAAGCAGUCCAUAGGAAAGCAUUUCACAAUGCUUUCCUAUGGACGUCAGCGUCUUCUCACUGUGAUUUUUCACAGUGAGAAGCACCUCCAGCAGCUGUCAAUGAGACAGCUACUAGAGGCUGGAUUAACCCUCUGAAACAGCUAUGUUUACAGCUGCAGAGUUAACACUAGAUGGACCUGGCACCCAGACCACUUAAUUGAGCUGAAGUGAUCUGGGUGCCUAUAGUGGUCCUUUAAAGGAGCACUAUACAGGGAGUGCAGAAUUAUUAGGCAAAUGAGUAUUUUGACCACAUCAUCCUCUUUAUGCAUGUUGUCUUACUCCAAGCUGUAUAGGCUCGAAAGCCUACUACCAAUUAAGCAUAUUAGGUGAUGUGCAUCUCUGUAAUGAGAAGGGGUGUGGUCUAAUGACAUCAACACCCUAUAUCAGGUGUGCAUAAUUAUUAGGCAACUUCCUUUCUUUUGGCAAAAUGGGUCAAAAGAAGGACUUGACAGGCUCAGAAAAGUCAAAAAUAGUGAGAUAUCUUGCAGAGGGAUGCAGCACUCUUAAAAUUGCAAAGCUUCUGAAGCGUGAUCAUCGAACAAUCAAGCGUUUCAUUCAAAAUAGUCAACAGGGUCGCAAGAAGCGUGUGGAAAAACCAAGGCGCAAAAUAACUGCCCAUGAACUGAGAAAAGUCAAGCGUGCAGCUGCCACGAUGCCACUUGCCACCAGUUUGGCCAUAUUUCAGAGCUGCAACAUCACUGGAGUGCCCAAAAGCACAAGGUGUGCAAUACUCAGAGACAUGGCCAAGGUAAGAAAGGCUGAAAGACGACCACCACUGAACAAGACACACAAGCUGAAACGUCAAGACUGGGCCAAGAAAUAUCUCAAGACUGAUUUUUCUAAGGUUUUAUGGACUGAUGAAAUGAGAGUGAGUCUUGAUGGGCCAGAUGGAUGGGCCCGUGGCUGGAUUGGUAAAGGGCAGAGAGCUCCAGUCCGACUCAGACGCCAGCAAGGUGGAGGUGGAGUACUGGUUUGGGCUGGUAUCAUCAAAGAUGAGCUUGUGGGGCCUUUUCGGGUUGAGGAUGGAGUCAAGCUCAACUCCCAGUCCUACUGCCAGUUCCUGGAAGACACCUUCUUCAAGCAGUGGUACAGGAAGAAGUCUGCAUCCUUCAAGAAAAACAUGAUUUUCAUGCAGGACAAUGCUCCAUCACACGCGUCCAAGUACUCCACAGCGUGGCUGGCAAGAAAGGGUAUAAAAGAAAAUCUAAUGACAUGGCCUCCUUGUUCACCUGAUCUGAACCCCAUUGAGAACCUGUGGUCCAUCAUCAAAUGUGAGAUUUACAAGGAGGGAAAACAGUACACCUCUCUGAACAGUGUCUGGGAGGCUGUAGUUGCUGCUGCACGCAAUGUUGAUGGUGAACAGAUCAAAACACUGACAGAAUCCAUGGAUGGCAGGCUUUUGAGUGUCCUUGCAAAGAAAGGUGGCUAUAUUGGUCACUGAUUUGUUUUUGUUUUGUUUUGAAUGUCAGAAAUGUAUAUUUGUGAAUGUUGAGAUGUUAUAUUGGUUUCACUGGUAAUAAUAAAUAAUUGAAAUGGGUAUAUAUUUGUUUUUUGUUAAGUUGCCUAAUAAUUAUGCACAGUAAUAGUCACCUGCACACACAGAUAUCCCCCUAACAUAGCUAUAACUAAAAACAAACUAAAAACUACUUCCAAAAAUAUUCAGCUUUGAUAUUAAUGAGUUUUUUGGGUUCAUUGAGAACAUGGUUGUUGUUCAAUAAUAAAAUUAAUCCUCAAAAAUACAACUUGCCUAAUAAUUCUGCACUCCCUGUAGUGUCAGGAACACAAACAUGUAUUCCUGACCCUAUAGCGUUAAAACUACCAUCUAGCCACCCUGGUCCACUCAUGCCUCCCUAAAAAAUGUAAAAUUUUACAUGUGUUCAAGUCUGGAGCUGCUAGCUCGGUCUCUGUUUCCUUUAGAUCUGCCUGCUGACAUCAGCAGAAGUGGUAGCCUGCUCCAAUUACAAUGCUUCCCCAUAGAAUUGGCUGAGACUGACAAAGAGGCAGAUCAGGGGCAGAGCCAGCACAGUUCAAACACAGCUCUGGCCAAUCAGCAUCUCCUCAGAGAUGAAUUGAAUCAAUGAAUCUCUUGGAGGAAAGUUCAGUGUCUGCAUGCAGAGGGAGGAGAUAUUAAAUGCGUGGAUGCAUUUUAGGCAGCCAUGACCCAGGAAGGAUCUCUAACAGCUAUCUGAGGAGUAGCCAGUGAAGUUAUCACUAGGCUGUAAUGUAAACACUGCAUUUUCUCUGAAAAGACUGUGUUUACAGCAAAAAGCUUAAAGGUAAUGAUUCUACUCACCAGAAUAAAUUCAAUAAGCUGUAGAUGUUCUGGUGACUGUAGUGUCCCUUUAAGUAAUUCAAUGCUAAAUUAACUUUCAUUGCUGACAAAGUAACUCUGCAUGGAAUAUUACCUUGUGUUGGCUAUACAUGCAGUCAUGCCUCCAAAGGACAUGCUGAAUUAUAAUUUUGGUAGUUGUGUGUCAUAGUCUGAGAGAACGGUCUUGCAAGAUGUUAACAAUUGGUUGUCUGUAUUUUAAGAAUGGUACAUUAUGGUGUGUGUGUGUGUGUGUGUGUGUGUGUGUGUGUGUGUGUGUAUAUAUAUAUAUAUAUAUAUAUAUAUAUAUAUAUAUAUAUAUAUAUAUAUAUAUAUAUAUAUAUAUAUAUAUAUAUAUAUAUGUAUGUAUGUUUAUUAUUCAUGGCAGCAUAUACACAUGGGUUAGAGCCUCCUCUUACAGCGAGAUAGAGGAAUAAACCAAAUUAUUUUAAAGUAGUAUCCCUGCAUAGGUCCCUCAGUCAGUAACCAGCUCCUACAGAAGAAGCAAAACCAACACUGGGUGGGUAGUAUAUGCUGCCAUGAAUAAUAGCCAGGAAAAGAAAAUUACGGUGAGUAUGAAUACAUUUUUCUCUUUCCUGGCUAAUCAUGGCAGCAAAUACACAUGGGAAUACCCAAGCUUUCAGGGAGGGACAGUAACAUACAUAACUGGCAAUCAAAUAAUCAGAACAAUUCAACAUGGAUUAGAAUAUUGAACUGAGUAAGGGAUGUGGCAUCCAAAUUGCGCCUAAUUGAUUGCUACAAUGUCCAGUAUGUAAUGCUGGACAAACUAGUUCAAAGAGAUCCAAAUGCCAACGUUACAAAGUUUCAGCAGAGAUCAUUGCCAUGGAAGCCCACAAUGCUGCAACAGCACUAGUGGAGAGUGCCCUGAAACCCUUUGGUACAGGUAGAGCAUGGCAUUGAAAAGCUUUCACUUUAGACAGGGUCUCUGGUGCUAAAUGCAAGACAACCAUAUCCUGUUGAAAUUCAGGAUCAAACCUGGAGUUCAUACAUUCAUGAGGUACCAGGCAACAGCACUUUCUGUGCUGACACCAUGGAAGCUCCUGCUAGAGGUUCGAAUGGUGGUUUAGUCAAAGCCUGUAAGACCAGAGGUAGGUCACAUAUGGACUUCAGCACCCUCAGAGGCUUGAAUUUAAUUGCUGCUUGCAUGAAGCAAAGCUCAAUGGGAACCCAUCCAUGUGGAAAGUGCCAAUAUGUGCUCCUCUAGAGUGUUAUAAUUCAGACCAUAUCAAGGCCAGAUUGAGGAGUAAUUCCAACCAUUCUUGAGACCGACAGACAAAUGUAAUCUGUAAAGUAUGUAUAGGACAGUAAGAGGAACUUGAUGACCGUCUCAGGGAUGCCUAUACUUCUAGAGACACCAGCCUCAACACCAGGACUUAAGGAUCUUGGUGUGUCAAUGGACCUUGUAAUAAUAGUUCUGGACAUACUGGAAUUUCCAUUGGAGGUUCCAGAUUCAUCUUUCUCAUCAAGGAAAUUUAGUAUUCUUGGCCUUCCACUGUCUCCUUUAGGAACGUUGAAGACAGGAAAAGUCUGUAAAUCAGACUGAGAAUCCAAAUUUGAGUCAGUUUCCUGACUUUGAGCUUUCUGGUCCUAAAAACGCGAUAUAGGAUACAUUUGCAUUGAUAUUUGAGCAAAUUUAUUCCCACUUGUUCUUCAGCAACCUUCUGUGUAGAAGAGCCCUGAAAUUACUCAUAAUUCCAUUACAUUGGAUGGAAAUAUUGUUCCUUCCCUUAUUCACACUCCUUGUGUAGCAUGGUCCAGACAGUGUGUAUCCAAUCCUUGAAAACUGGAAUCCGAGCUUAUAAUCGCCCAAUGAAGUUCUGUUGAUAGGAAACCCAGAGACAUACUCUCUCUUUCAGCUACCAGGUAAAGUGUAACUCCACUGAUGGUGACAUCGUCCGUGGCUGUCCCCAAUUCAUCUUCUCUUGUUGAACUGAGAUAGGAAGGACCUUUGAGGAAUCCUGACAUGCCAUUGAGCCCAUCUGACAAGUCUAAAAACUGGAAAACGUAUCACAACAAUUAUAUCAUCAGUAAAAGUGCUGUUUGUGUGUGAAAAAUGCAAAAAACGUCAUUUUCACUGACAAUAUCAUCGCUGUGAUAUGUUUUACUGUUUUGAAUCACUAAUAUUUGUGUUAGCGAAGUCUCCCGAGUAAAACAGUACCCCCCAUGUACAGGUUUUAUGGUGUCGUAGAACGUCACAGGGUAAAAUACAGUGCUAGCAAAUUAAAUUCUCUGGAAUUUCGGCCUGGGUUGGCAGGCAGGUCCCUCAAAUGGCAAUCAAUAAAAUUACUGAAUUAUGUAAAAAUAUUACAUAAAUACGCACGUAGAAUUUAAAUAUAUAUGCAUAUUUAUAUAUUUGAAGUCAACGUGUAUAUUUAUAUAAUUUUUUAUGUAAUUUUGUAUAUGGACAUAUGUAUAUUUCGUAUUUUUAUUUAUUUAUAUAUACAUAGAUAUAUAUACAAAUUCAUUCUAAGUAUAUUUUGAUAUAAAUAAUAUUAAUUUUGAAAUACAGUUAGAAUAAAAUUUCAUAUAGAUAUAUAAUUUUUUUAAAUUGUUUAUUUAAAAAAAAAUAAUUUAAAUUACUUAUUUAUAUUUUAUAAUAAUAUAUAUAUAUAUACAAUAUAUAUAUAGUUAUUAUAUAUUAUAUAUAUACACGUGUAUAAUUUAAUUAAAAGUGUAUUUUUAUAUUAUAAGUACAUAUUAAUAUAAAAAUACACUUAGUAUGACAUUAUAUAUGAUAUAUAGACAUAUAUUAUAUAGAUAUAAUAUAUGUCUAUCAUAUAUACACAUAUAUAAUUGUUUUUUUUUGUUUUUUGUUUUUUAUUAACACUAUUUUUUUUUCUUUCUGAUUUUACACUAGCAGGGAGACUGCCUGUCAGCACAGACAGUCCCCCUGCAGGCAGACACAUGUCCACCUAUUGUGACCAUGUGAUCACUGUGUUAAGCGAUCACAUGGCCACAGGGGUCCUAAUUCAGUGUGGGGAGACUGUCUGGGCUGCAGGCAGUCUCCCCACAACGGGAGCAACACUGAUCGCCGCCGGGGGAACGACGGCGAUCAGGUAAGUACCUCUGACCGUUAGGACGGUUCAGGACCGUCAUCGGUCGGCAAUGUAAAAAUGCCGAUGACGGUCCUGAACCGUCCUCGGUCGCGAAGGGGUUAAAGGCAUCUUAUUCUAAAAGGCAUCACAGCAUAAGGCAGUAAAGGCACAGCUGCAUGAUUUAAAGAUAUUACAGCUUAAGGGACAGCUGCAUAAUGCAUUACAGCACAAGGCACAGCUGCACAAUGCUCCAGUUUAAAGGCAUUACAGCAUAAUGCACCACAGGUUAAAGACAUCAGUUUAACCCCUUAACUACACGUGAACUGUCAUGAUACCCUUUUAUUGCAGUAGUUUGGUCCUUAAGGGGUUAAACACAUUACAGCAUAAGGCACCUUAAAAUAGCAAAACAAAGUAAUGAAGAGAAAAAAAACCUACAUGUCCUUGAGUAAAGGGAGCAAAAUGCUCACGUCGUUUUUGUUUUUUUUGUUUUUUUUUAAUUUUACAAUUUUUUAUUUUGGUACAAUAGCAAGACUGUAAACAUUGGGUGGGAUGCAGAAUAAAGAAAUAAGGAAGGGGGGGUGGUAAAGGGCCCCAGUGAACAUUCUUCAUUAUUUAACAUCUUUUGCCAGUAGUUUUUGCAUAUUUUACACGUUAUUGGUUUUGCAUCUGAGGUUGUCCCUCGUGAUGUUGAAUUUGUUCAGUUUAGUACCCCGCUUGCGAUGUACCCAACAUAUAUACAUAAAAUUAAACGAAUCAUGGAUAUGGAAACAUAAACUUAUGUACAGUUUAUGGCAAGUACUACGGUUUGUUGCUGCAGUGUGUCUCUCUUUUGUAGUGCCCCAUCUGGGCUACUCGUUAGGGGUUGCAGGUAGGUGUGCUGUUUAUUUAUGCUAAUGCGUGGUGUGGUUUGAUGUGGGCUCCUCCCCGAUAGGGGGAAGGUGAGCCCUAUACUUUUGCCACAAGUCAUAUAUCUGUGCAUUUGUGGUCUCAUGAGGUGUAGCAAAUCUUUCGUAAGCCACAUUAGUGGAUAUCAGACUCAGCACCUCCUCUACGGGAGGGGUAAAUUCUGACCUCCAGUUCCUGGCAAUUAUUGUUUGUGCUGCUAUAAUUAUUAGAAACGUUAAUUUGCGGAUAGGUUUCAAUUGGUUGAUUGGCAAACUGUGUAGUAAGUAGGACUCUGCCGUUUAAAGUAACACUAUAGUCACCUAAAUUACUUUAGCUAAAUAAAGCAGUUUUCGUGUUUAGAUCAUUCCCCUGCAAUUUCACUAUCGUUUAGGAGUUAAAUCACUUUGUUUCUGUUUAUGCAGCCCUAGCCACACCUCCCAUGGCUGAUUGGCAGAGCCUGAAUAAAAAAAAACUGGUUUCACUUUCAAACAGAUGUAAUUUACCUUAAAUAAUUGUAUCUCAAUCUCUAAAUAGAACUUUAAUCACAUACAGGCGGCUCUUGCAGGGUCUAGCAAGCUAUUAACAUAGCAGGGAAUAAGAAAAUCUUAAUUAAACAGAACUUGCAAUAAAGAAAGCCUAAAUAGGGCUCUCUUUACAAGAAGUGUUUAUGGAAGGCUGUGCACGUCACAUGCAGGGAGGUGUGACUAGGGUUCAUAAAAAAAGGAUUUAACUCCUAAAUGGUAGAGGAUUGAGCAGUGAGGCUUCAGGGGCAUGUUCUAUACACCAAAACUGCUUCAUUAAGCUAAAGUUGUUCAGGUGACUAUAGUGUCCCUUUAACCCAGAAUGGCCGGAUCCGUGGGCAUGUCCACCAUAUAUGAAGCGUGUCCCCUGACAUCUCCAGCAGGUGUUGCUGGUUGUUUGGUACAUUUUGGAUAGCUUGCUGGGUGUCAGGUACCAUUGGUACAGUAUUUUCCUUGAUAUUUCUAGAUGUGAGGCGCACAUUGAGGAGCCCUUGUGAGCUGUGAAUGCUCUGACCCAUUCCUGGGGUGUCCGUUCCCUCCCUAGGUCUUUGUGCCAUUCUUUCUGGAAUCCCAAUAACUGAGCUUGUGGUUCUCCUAUAAUAGAGUUGUAGAGUUUUUUUUUUUUUUGCUGUUGUGGACUGAUGCAUUUGCUCUCAAAGCGUGACAUUAGCCCUGUCCCUUGUUCCCCUAGUGUUUGUGAGUGAUUUAUUUUGGGCCUUUUGUGAUAUAUUAUAUUGGGUUUUCAGGUCUGUAAAACUCUUGAGAGCCCCUUGAUGGGUUAACUGGUGUAAGUGGGUUACCCCGUGUGAGGUCCACACCUUAUAAUUGAAUGACGGGUUUAACACGUGGGGUCGCAGGGGACCACUUCGAUGGUGAUCAAACCCUGUAUCUGUUCCUAUGCCAAAUAGAGAGCAUCAGCCUGGUGGUCAGCAGCAUCUUGGGGGUUCAGGGUCAUAUUCCUUUCGGGGCCAAAAUUAGGUGUUCUCCCCCCACCCCAGUCUGGAGGACUCUAAUGCCACCCAUUGUGGGGUCUGAGCUAUGGUGUGGCAACCGAUUACAUUGGCUACUUGUGUGGCCCUGUGAUAUUAUCUUACAUCAGGGAAUCCCAAGCCCCCGGCCCUGUGCGAGAUAGGAGCCUCCAAGGGAACCUUUGGCUUCUUAUUUUGUCAUCCAAACUUCAAUAGUGUCGACUGUAGGGCUUUGAGGAAUUUGGGGGGGUAUUGAUUUGUAGUGUGCGGAACAAGUACAAGAUCUUUGGCAAUAUCACCAUUUUAAUAGCCGCACAACGGCCUAUCCAUGUCAUGAAUUUUCCCUCCCAUUUCUUUAAGGUGUUUUCUAUUUCUGUAUUUAAUAUUUGGUAGUUCAUUGUGAAGAGAGCGGUAUGAGAUCUCGUCAGUUUAAUACCUAAAAAAGUAAGAGUCCUGUCUCCAGUCAUAUUUAAAUGCUGUCCGUAGUCUGUCCAUGGUGUCUCUCUCUAUGCCUAUUCCCAUCGCUUGGGUCUUUGUAGUGUUGAGUUUAUAGCAGGAUUGUGCACUAUAAUUCUGUAGUUCUUUUUGGAGGUUGGGGAGGGAGAUGUUUGGUUGAGAGAGAGUCAGUAGGACGUCGUCUGCGAAAAAGUUUAUUUUGUAGUCCCGGUCGUUUAUUGUUCUCCCAUGAAUGUUUGGGUUGCGUCUAAUUGCUUCAGCAAGCGGUUCUAGGGCCAGUACGUAAAGAAGUGGUGACAAUGGGCAUCCCUGUCUGGUACCUUUUGGUAAUGGCGAAUGAGUCUGACUGGAACCCUGAUGUUGAUACAGCUGUGUUUAUUAUAGGGCCUUAAUUGCUGUUAGCUACUGUUGUGGGAUCUCAAAUUUCGUGAGUACGGCAUCCAGAAAAAGCCAAUUCAGUCUGUCAAAGGCUUUCUCCGCGUCAAGGGAGACUAGGAGACCUUGCAUCCUGUCAGUGUGUAUAGUUUAAGAUGUCUACUACUUUCCGGGUAUUGUCAGAACCCUGUCUCCCUUGAACGAACCCUACUUGGUCAUCUGAGAUAAUUGAUGGUAGUAUGUUUUUAAGUCGUGUGGCCAGAAUUUUUGCAUAUAGUUUAGUAUCAGCGUUUAAUAGUGAUAUUGGGCGAAGGUUUUGACAGAGUGUCGGUGGUUUGCCUUGUUUUGGUAGGGUUAUCACUUUGGCUGCUAGAAAUUCAGAGGGGAAGGCCCCCGUCUGUACUGCAUGGUUAUACGCUAAUGCGAGUUGUGGGGCCAGGAGGUGUUUGAAUUUCGUGUAGUAUUCAUUUGUGUACCGUCGAUGCAUUCCAUUAUUUCGUUUUGCAUGAUCGGGGAAGCAAGGAUUUGUUUUUGGGGUUCUGUUAAAGCUGGUAGGGGCAUCUCUGCUAGGUAUGAUUGUAUGCUUGUGGCUGACGGUUUGGGGGUGUUCAGGUCAUCCUUAAGGUUAUAGAGCUGGCUGAAGUAUUGUGCGUAUUCUCCGCAUAUCUCUGCGGAAAGGUUUAGUUUGUGACCUGCUUUAUUCACUAUGUGUGCUAUUCGUGUUUGUUGUCUGUCCCUCAAUCUCUGGGCUAGGAGCUUGCUGGCCUUGUUUCCUUGUACGUAUGUGUGUGUUUUCAGUCUAUUGAGCAUGAAUCCAAAUUUGUUGUAGCCUAAUCUCCUUGAGUUUUCUUGUAGGGCUGGUACUCGUCGUUUGUGUUCUAACCCUGGGUGUGUUUUGUUUUCCCUGUGUAGUUGUUCUAACUUCUGUUUGUUUUGUGUCAGUUCUUUGUCGGCUUGCUUUUUAAUAUAUGACGCUCUGCUUAUUAGUGUGCCUCUUAACACAGCCUUAUGGGCUAACCAAAGCAUAUGCAGGUUUUGUACUGAUGUGGUGUUUGUGGUGAAGUAAUGCUGUAGUUCUUUUUCCAGUGUUGUGCAAAACUCUGCGCCUCUCAGCAGUCUCACAUGGAGGCACCAGGGACUCCUGUGUUUUGUUUGUAUUCGUAUGAGCUUACGAGUGUAAUGACUGGGACGUGAUCUGACCAAUUAAUGGUUGCUCUAUCACAUCCCAAUACGUGGGUCAAGGUGGUGUAGUGCAUCAGACACCCGUCAAUUCUCGAGUAAGAGUUGUGUACCUUUGAAUAUUUUCUUUCUCUCGGGUGGAGGGCCUUCCACACAUCUCGGAGGCCAAACGUGGCCAGCCGAGUUCUAAGUGCUUUGCUUUGUUUUUUUAAGGGUGUUGAAAUGUGGGGUGGAGGGAGAUCUAGUGGAGUCCACUGUUUGGUCAAGGACAUGGUUAAGGUCCCCGCUGAUUAUGAGGGUGCCUUUUCUUACUGAUUCUGCUUUUGUUAGAACUCCGUGAAGGAAGUUCCUCUGGUUAGCAUUUGGGGAUUAUAUGUUGACCAAUGUGUAAUCUGAAUCAUUAAUAGUGCACUGCCAAAUGAUGUAGCGUCCAGGGGGUCUAUAAUGUGUGUGUGUGUGUGUGUGUGUGUGUGUGUGUGUGUGUUCGAUGUCACAGUUAGGUCUUUGCUGAGGAAUAUGGAGACCCCUUUGGAUUUUGUGUGGCGUGCAUUUGGUGGGGCUAUAAGCGGGUGCACAGUGAUGGGUGCAUGUCAAUUCUGAAGUGUUUCCUGCAGGUAUACAAUAUCUGCUUGAUUUUUACUUAGUUCCCUUUCUAGUACAUCGUUUGAAGGGUAUAUUGAUGCCCUGUACGUUAUGGGAAUAUAAUUUUAAGACUGAAUGUGAGUGGUUGACGUUGCGUUUUCCCUAUGCUGUGGUUUAUGGUUAGUCUGUGUGGUGCUCUUACGGUGUCUUUCCUGUGUCGCCUAUAUAUAUUGCUCUUUUGAGAGUUAGGUCCCUGCAGGGCUCCUGCGUGACCUCUGUUAAUUCUGCGUGUGUGAGAGUGCCCGUAUGUGUGUUUCAUACUGGAUUUGCUCUUGUCGAGGCAGUUAUAAACAGUAAUGUAUGCAAUCAUAGACAUUACCAUAUGAAAAAAAACAGUAAACAUAUAUACAUAAACAUAACCAAAAUAUUAUCCCGAGCAAUAUGCCCCAAGGGAUUUUAACAGAUUUUCUCCUGCUAGUUUCUCCCACUAGCUAUACCUUAUGUGGGGGUGCGUGGAACCAGGUCGAGACCCCUGGAUACCCAGGCGACCGUGGCCCCCCUCUUUUGUCCCAUGUGAGUUAUAUGCUAAGGACGUUCAAAGAAAUCACUGCAAAUAUUGGGACAGUGGCAUGUAAUUUCAAUAUCCCCCAUUCUGAAGGGCAUAUGUCCUUAGUUUCGUGUUGAUGUUAUUACAGGUCGUGUCGUGGCACUUUGGAGCGUCGCUUUGAGUGUUGGGCUGGGGGGAGGGGAUUAACAUGUAAGUCAGCGGUUUGCUGUGUGUAAUGGCCUAUGGUGUAGCGGGUCUAGUGGAGGCCCCUUCCCUCUGUUCAAUGCGUAAAUCGCUUGACCCCUCAUCGCCCCUUAUAUCCCUUCCCUCCGCUUAUUAUCUCUUUUUAUCCGAUGACAACAUGCAUUAAAGGUCUAUGUGAAGCACAUGAUGGAAGUAUAUUACCCAUUCUCAGUCCAUGUUCUUGAAAGGCAUUUCGCACAAGUCCACAGGGUCUUUCAUAGCCAUAAUGUGCAAGCUAUAUCUUAAUUCAGGUAGGAGAUGUUUGUCAGCCAUUCAUCCCUGUUAUUUGCCCGUCGUUGAUCUGGAGGAUUUGGAGUAUCUGGUCGACUUCCACUCCAGUUGGAUCUCCAUUUGUCGUUUGGACCCUUCAUUCAUGGCCGUUGUGUUGAUGCCCCAGCUUCUCGCAGGCGGGUGCCUGCAUCUGCAUCCGAGGCUGCGUGCGUCUUGCCUUCUCUAACUAUCAGCUGCUUUAUUGGGAAGCCCCAGCGGUAUGGGAUGUUUCUGUUCCUGAUCUCUGAUGUUAUUUCUUUGAAGGCUCUUCUGCGCCUCAGUGUUUAAAGCAGAGAGGUCAGCGUACACUUGAAUGGAUCUGUAUUUUUUCGGCAUGUCCUGUGCCCUUUGGACCGGAGAAUUGCCUCAUUAACAUGGUAGCCGCAGGCAGGUGUUGUGGUUUCGCCACCCUGUGUGUUCUGUCCAAGAGCAGCAUGCUGGGUGGGAUGUCAGGGCUUGUAAUAGGCCUGUCAGGUAGGCCACAAGGUCUAUGGCCAGGACGUCUUCGGAGAUCCCUCUUACACAAGUUUUGGCACCGGGAUCUAUCUUCUAAAUCUGUUUUUCUAGCCGUUCCUGCAUUUCCUCCAACUUUGUCGCCAUGGUGUUGUGUGUUUUGGCAUAGUCCGCCAUCUUGUUUUCUAUGUGGGCUGUGCGGUUGCCGAGAUCUAAGAUAUCUCUCCUGAGGUCUGCUAUAGCUGAUUGUACUUAGUUAGCCGGGGAGCUCAGUCUCUACGCAUCCAUACAGCUCAAGCGCAGGCUCACAUCUUAAGGGCUGUAGGACAGGAAAAACACUGAGGUGUACGUGUGUGUGUCAGGGCUCGACAAAUCCCAGGCGCCAGAUCGCCACGGCGACUAGAAAUUUCGCCAUGGCGUCUGGGAUUUGCCAGCUCUCUGUGUGGGAAGGGGCUUUGACGCCGCUUGCGGGUACAUGGAGGAUGCCGCCCGCGGGAGAAUUAUGGGCGGCGCGUGAGGGAGCAGUACUGUACUCUGUAAUGAUGUCGUAGGGAGGCUGAGCGGGUUUCAAUUAAAACAAGUGUGUGUGCUUGUGAGAGAGCCUGUCGGACUGUGUGCGCGCUUGUGAGAGAGCCUGUCGGACUGUGCGCGCGAGAGCCUGUCGGUCUGUGAGGAAGGUGUGUGUGUUUUUUUUUUUUUUUUUUUUUUUUUAACACUCUCCUUUUUUCCCAUAUUCCCACGACGUGACAGUUUCGCCAUGGCUGAAAUUAUCAAUCUUAAUGAUCAUAGCUAAGGCAAUGCUUUCCCUUAGGAAAGCAUUGGGAGGAUUUUGUGCAUGCGCAGAAAAUGUACCAAUCCGCAUCUCCUCAUAGAGAUGCAUUACAGUAACCAAUCUCUAUGAGGAACAUUCAGCGCCUCCAUGCAGAGCUUUAAGACACUGAAUCUGGUUUCUGCACGUGGUGCAGCAGUGACCCACUAGAGAUAGUGACCAUCUGAGUGACUGUCGUCAGAGGUGCUAGUAAGCAGCAAUGUAAACUCUGCCUUUUCGCAGAGCUCCUGGUGCUCUGUCAGUCAGUAAUGAAACUAAGGGAGGCAGGGGAAGGUAUUGAAUAAGUACGUGCUAUUUGACGCAUCUGAGGUAUGACACAGAAGGUGGAUUGGUGCAGACCCACAGGGGUAAUGAGAUAUUGUAGGAAUUGUGGUAUGUUAUGUUAGUAGAUAUCCUAGUCUGCCUAACAGGAUACACAGUGAAAUAACAUACAUCCAUAAGUAGGAGGUUGUGCAGUAAAUCGUAGAUACCUAGCACCUAAAGAUGUAACGUACAUGAGUGAGAUGUAAGGCCAGCUCGUGGAUCCAACCGAUUAAUCUAUAAAACCUACCUAAUGAAUGUAGUAGAAGGGGUUUGAAGAGUAAUGUUGCCCUUAAAUGCUGAGUACUCCGUAACCUGUAAUAACCAUGUUAUCAGUAAUGACUUUGAUACGAAUAUUCUCUAACCCAUGACACAUAUGGAAGAAGAAACGGAUACAAGUGAAAGCAGCAGUCCUAAUAAUGAACCUAAAGUUAUAAUAAAUUAUGUAAAAAGUAGGUGCGUGGCCCUGCCCUGGACCUCUUUGAGAGUAGAACAACAUACUUAAGCUGAAACAGUAGUGCUGGUAAGGAGCAUAAACGUGGUAAUAUAGUCAAUAGAGUAUACUAUACACUUGAGGAGAAUUGAGGCAAGCAGUGAAGGAAGCCACCAUAACAGGUGAAUUAGGAUAAAGAUCCUAAAUUUAGUUAAAUAAUUAUACACCAAGGCUUCAAUUAAGGUAACUUGUCAUACAGAAUUUGUGAUCACAUCUAAUCCCCAGUUAAGUGUCAAAGACUACCUUGAAUAUAGAAAACGAUACAAGAAAUUAUAAUCAUACGUUAGAAAUGGAAUAGUAGUAGCAUAGGUGCAGGUUAUACACUGUUGGUGUUGGACAUAGAUUAAGGAAUCGAGCCUUAGUGACAUAAGUAUAGGAAUGCACCGGGUGAGCAUUUAGAUGCUUAGUUGAGUGAAAACCAAAUGGUGUUUAUUUAAGCAAACCAGUGUAUCGUCUACAUCUACUAACAAAGCAUGAAAACCGAUGAACACGUAAUGCACUUGCUUUAACUAAAUUAAAUACUACCUUUAACAAAACGUAAGACUAACUUAAGAUAUCGACAUGUGCAAUAUGGAUACUGACCAAUAUAGGCCGAAAUUUAACACUCCGUAUUAAAUGAAACAAAGAAUUUAUAAACCUUCCGUAAGAUUACGUGUAGAAAAUAAACAUUAAAGGACCACUAUAGGCACCCAGACCACUUCAGCUUAAUGAAGUGGUCUGGGUGCCAGGUCCAUCUAGGAUUAACCCUUUCUGCUGUGAACAUAGCAGUUUCAGAGAAAAUAUGUUUACAAAUGGGUUAAUCCAGACUCUAGUGACUGUCUCAUGGACAGGCGCUUCCGUGCUUCUCACUGUGAAAAUCACAGUGAGAAGACGCCAGCGUCCAUAGGAAAGCAUUGAGAAUGCUUUCCUAUGGACUGGCUGAAUGCGCGAGGCUCGUGCCGCGCAUGCGCUUUCAGCCGAUGACUGGAAAGGAGGAGAGUCCCCAGCGCUUUGGAAAAAAGGUCACUGUGUGUGUGUGUGAGCCUGUCACUGUGUGUGUGUGUGAGCCUGUCACUGUGUGUGUGUGUGAGCCUGUCACUGUGUGUGUGUGUGAGCCUGUCAGUGUGUGUGUGUGAGCCUGUCACUGUGCCUGUCACUGUGUGUGUGCCUGAUUAUCGCCAUUAUCGGAUUAAACGAUAAUGGCGCUGAGGUACAGAUUUACCUGGUAUUUACGCAUCUUAUACACUUAUCAGUCCUUGGGAGUUGGUAUGGGGCUUGCCCCUUUUAGUUUGACACUUGUAUGGUCCACAAUACGCAUACGUUAAUCAGACUCUUAUGAGUUACUGUUUCUGUUGUAUAGGCGGCAAGGAUUGUGGUCGGGGGAACCAUGGGAAUCUAAGGUGCCCGUGGUGUCUGCUGUUGUAGGUGAGUUGCUAUCAGGAAUGAUGGCUUCAGCCGCACAAGCUCCUGAUGGAACGUGGGGGCCUCCAAGAUGGGGACCAAGAUCACCCCCGCUGGUCCAGAGGGGGUGGGGGUUAGUGAUAAAUUUUUACAUGAGUCUGAGCCCUUUAUGCAUAGGGCUGGGAGAUCGGCUGACUCAGCUGCUGGGCCGCAUGCUGGUCAACGCCUGGAUAAAAACAGGAGACCGUGGGAAGCUUUCCUAACGAAUUAACAUUCUUUUCAAUUACCUAAACAACUGGAAGUUUCUCCUGAACUGAGCAAAGCUCAACCAUUCAGGAGGAACUUUACGAUUAACCCCUUCCUCACCCUUGAGCCCGGCGGAAGGGGGGCCCAGAGGGGUGAGGGGGACCCAAGGACCCUAUAGAGUCAGGAAAACAAGUAUGGGCGUUUAAGGACUAGAAAAACUGGUGAGGGCCGUAUGUGGGCCGGAAUAACUGUAAUCACUUAACCAAAUGCACGGUGAAUUGUGAAUAGUAGCAGUAAUGGAGCUCCAUUGCAGAGCGCUCUGUGGAUCUGAAACAAAUAUAAUACAUGUAAUACCGCAUCCAGUCGCUAUGAUAUGAAUAUAAUAUAUACAUGUAUAAACCCACCUAAUUGCUUCUGGAGAGCAAAUCUUUAGAGUCAUGCCCGGAAGAUCCAUGGCCUUAAUGUAGCUUAAGUUAGGGAGGUUAUCUACCUUCUAUGAUUUGAACAAUAAGAACUGACAAUUAACCUGAAUAACACAAUUGAGUCCCCUACAAAGAGAAACAUGCGUAACAUCAGAAUAUACUGAUAAGGCGUGAUAAAAUAAUUAACAAGCAAGCACUUGCUUGACCUGAAUUAAUCACUUUAAAAUAUCAAACUUCAAAUAUAUCCCGUGCAAUAUCAAAAUUGACCACUAGAGGUCGUCAUUAAACAUGCAGUAACUACCCCCGAAUUCAAUUAAACUCUUGUGCAAUAUAAAAACUGACCACGAGAGGCCGACCUUUAAAAUAUACAGUAUUUAACUGAAACAGUGAAGUAAAACAAUAUGAGAUCGUGGAUAAAACCUACUGCUAAAAUAGGGCGUUCGGUUAUAAAUAUACAAACUGCCCUUGUGGUGGGCUAACUUUAGUAUAUAACCAAACAUUCCGAGAUUAACGAAAACUGCACGAAAUAAUAGUUUGAGAAAUACAAAAACUUGACACUGACCGCCUGUGACUGAGGCGCGACAGGCGACUCUGCUCACAUUUUUUACGAUUCAGUCGACAAAGUGACUGGAGCAGGUACGGGAGUCCUGUCAAGGCUCUAGAGAGUUGGAAGACAGCGAAACGGACGACCUAGGGCUGCAGGACCAGGUAAGAGUUCCCACGAGUUUGAAGGCAAGUAAAAUGGCGAUUUGCACAGACCGGCAGUCACUGUAUGUAAAUAGCCGGAUUAAACGAUAAUGGCGCUGAGGUACAGAUUUACCUGGUAUUUACGCAUCUUAUACACUUAUCAGUCCUUGGGAGUUGGUAUGGGGCUUGCCCCUUUUAGUUUGACACUUGUAUGGUCCACAAUACGCAUACGUUAAUCAGACUCUUAUGAGUUACUGUUUCUGUUGUAUAGGCGGCAAGGAUUGUGGUCGGGGGAACCAUGGGAAUCUAAGGUGCCCGUGGUGUCUGCUGUUGUAGGUGAGUUGCUAUCAGGAAUGAUGGCUUCAGCCGCACAAGCUCCUGAUGGAACGUCGGGGCCUCCAAGAUGGGGACCAAGAUCGCCUCCAAGAUGGGGACCAAGAUCACCCCCGCUGGUCCAGAGGGGGUGGGGGUUAGUGAUAAAUUUUUACAUGAGUCUGAGCCCUUUAUGCAUAGGGCUGGGAGAUCGGCUGACUCAGCUGCUGGGCCGCAUGCUGGUCAGCGCCUGGAUAAAAACAGGAGACCGUGGGAAGCUUUCCUAACGAAUUAAUAUUCUUUUCAAUUACCUAAACAACUGGAAGUUUCUCCCGAACUGAGCAAGGCUCAACCAUUCAGGAGGAACUUAACGAAUUAAAACACGAAAUAAAAAUACGAACAGUCUAAAGUUUCCCUUGACCAGAGCUCAAAAACUCGAACGUCAAGGGGAAACGAAAACAAAUAACCGAACAAGAAACAUAUUUAUUAAUGCGAAGGCUUAAGUAUACGAAUGCAAGAGGCAAAGUGACAAACAUUAGAACUCUUGGCAAAGUGAAAUGACUAGGCAAACGUUCGGUUAUACGAACGACUGGGAACCCAUGAAAUCAUACGAAGCCUGAGACCAGCGAAAUGUCAGUAAGGCACAAAAUCUUCAAAAGGAGCCAAACACUUUUCGUGAAUAUAGGAAAACUGGAGGAAGCCCAAGCAGCGGGCGCUCGAGAGAGAACCUCACGUUACCUUCCAAAAACCGCGAGACUGGAUCCAGGAAAUGACCGGCAGCGACGCUGUGAAGCAGAUUGAAGAAGCUGUCGGUAUGGAGAGCUUUUAGCAGCAAGGUACUAAGUAACUUAUAGUGGUACUCUCCACCUAUAAGGAAGGAAAAGAUUCGGAGCUAUGCAGUAGCUAUAGGCUCAUAUCAUUGUUGAAUUUGGAUAUUACAUUGUUUUCGAAGGUCCUAGAACAAGGACACAGACAGGUAUUUAGAAGCUAGUCCACCCAGUUCAAAGUGGCCUUAUACCUGGAAGGGAAGCUAGAGAUAAUAUUAUUAGAGUAUAUAAUAUUAUAAAACCAAUAGAGUGAACUAGGUGGAGAGUAUCACCAGAAGUUAUUUUGUGUAGUAUUUACACGCGUGUUUAGCUGCUGUACUUAUACAUUGGAUGUACUCUAUUACUAAACUCCUUAUAUUACACAGAGCACCUUUUGAUAUAAUAUUAUACACCUGGCCCCCUAUUGUUACUGUCCACAGAUGCGGAAAAGGCAUUUGACCGGGUGAACUGGACGUUUAUGCAAGCAACUUUAGAACAUAUGGGUUUUGGAGGGGGAAAUUAGGCAGUGGAUAAAGUCUCUUUUGUUACUAGCACAAAUACCUGGAUAAAUGUGAGCGGAUCAUUUUCAGAGUUAGUUCAGAUUUUAAAAGGUACAUUAGUCGCACCUACACUUUGCCCUCUGCUCCCGCUUGCAUAUAACCCAGAAUUAGCAGAAGGCAUUCAUAAAACGGAGUUGGCUUUUAUAGGGCCAGGUGAGGUAAUACCAAUCCAAAGGGUGAUGGAUAUUUCGGGAUUUCGGAAAUUGGAGGAUUUCGUAAUUAAAUACCUAAAUCUAUGGAGAGAUCUCGGUAUGCUCAGAUUAGGCAUUUUUAUAAAUCCAUAACAAAAAAAAUAUGUUGAGCAGAGGAACUACAAAAGUUUGAGGACAUAUGUAGCAAAGGAAAAUCAAUCAGGCAUGGGAUAUAAGCAAUGUAUCAAUUGUUUUUUACGAAAGAUAUUCGCCGUAAAGUAUUUAAGAGAAGGAGGCCUUGGAGAUAUUCUCAGAGGAACAGUGGUUAAAGAUUUGACACUGAAUCAUUAUAGUACAUUAUGCACCAAAUGUCAAGAAACAAACCUGAGAAUGUCCACUUACACCACACAAGUCUAUCAAUAACUAAAUAUAAAAAUCAAUUGUUAGAUUUUUAUUAAAUGCGGCAAAUGUCCGUAUUUCUAUGUUCUGGAAGACUAAGGUUUCUCCAACCGUACAGAAUUGGUUGGAUAAAGUGAGAGAGAUUGAAAAUGCUGAUUCAAGGUUUGCAAUAGCACAUAAUAAUGGCGAAAAACAUGCUCAAAAGUGGCACCUUUGGCAUACAUUUAUCCAACACAGGUAGAAUGCAGUUCUAUUGAUAAGUGGCUGGAGGGGUUUAAAAAUGGGAGUUCUAAAAAGGGAGUUAAAAGUAAGCAGGGGCGGCUUUUGUGUGUAUGUAUAUAUUGUAUGUAUACGGCUUUUGUAUAUAUGUGUGUGUGUGUGUAUGUAUGUAUAUAUAUAUAUAUAUAUAUAUAUAUAUAUAUAUAUAUAUAUAUAUAUAUAUAUAUAUAUAUAUAUAUGUAUGUAUAUAUAUAUAUGUUUAUAUGUAUGUAUAUAAAAUUAUGAAUUCUACCACUCUUUCUUGUAAGAGUCAGUUUAUCUAGUGCACAGUGUGUUUUAAGCUUUUAAAUAACUUUGGUCCCUGUAAUAAAUUUGUGUAAUUUUUUACCAGUUGAGCUUACUCACUCUGUCAGUGUAUUUCCUUAGCCCUCUAUUUGGGUUUACUUUGUGGGAAUACUAUUAAUAAUGUAAAUCUUGUACAAUCUACACCAUCAUGUGCUUUCUAUGUAUUUCUUUCUGUAUGUGCUGAGGAAUUACUACACGGAGGUCAUCUUUUGAAUACCAAGUAUUCUUAUUUGCCUCAAUUCCCUCACAUUCCAUAUAUAUAUUUAGGGUUUAUCACCUUAAUAGUCACCACUUUUUGAUACACUGCUCCACUCUCAAUUAGUCUUCUCAUUGACAUGCAAGUCCAUUCAUAACUUUUUUUGACAUGUUUUUAUGGAUUUUGUUUUUUGGGGUGGGGGGGGUGUUCUGUUUCUCGCUGUUAAAAUACACCUACCAUUAAAAUAUUAGACUGAUCAUUUCUUUGUCAGUGGGCAAACAUUCAAAAUCAUACUACCCAGAGCCUCUCCUCUACUGAGGAAGAAACAUCCCUGUUUCAGGCAGCGGGGCUACCAGUACCAGACAGGGUAUCAGGAAGCCAAACCGGCACUCACAUAUGGGACCCAACCAUCAUGGUCCUCCCCUUCGUCCCACGUUCUCAACAUUCGCGACUGGUGGACUUGACUAAGAAGUCAGCUGACCCUAUGAAUGUGUGUGUUACAUAUUAAGUAUUGUUUAAAUGUGUUUUCUACAAAAAAAAGGCUCCUAACUGUGCAUGACGUAAUACUGCAAAAGUAAUGUCUAUCUACUAUUGCACCCUCCCUUUCUUUUUUGUAUCCUACACUCUCUUGCCUCCAUAAAAGAGAGGGGGAAAUAUAAAUAUUAUAUAUAUUCUUUGCAAAGCAUUAGCCUAGCACCAAUAAAGGCAGGAGUUGCUUAAAUAAAAAUAAAAAAUAAAAAAAAAUAUAUAUAUAUAUAUGUGUGUAUAUAUAUCAAACCCCUGCACUCCAAUAAAAAAAAUAUAUUUUACCUGGUGCUCUGGUAGCUUAAUUGUAGAAAGUAGAAAGACCGGCACUCAAGGAGUUUUAACAGAUUUUACUGUGUAAAGAUAAAUUAACGUUUCAGCUCCACUAGGGAGCUUUCAUCAGGACAUCAUCGGUAUGUCCUGAUGAAAGCUCCCUAGUGGAGCUGAAAUGUUGAUUUAUCUUUACACAUUAAAAGCUGUUAAAACUCCUUGAGUGCCGGUCUAGGAAUAGCUCUUUGUGAAUUUUGAAGUGCAAAAAAAAAUCACAAUACAAUGAGCAUUGUGUUUGUGGCUUUUAUUUUUAUUCUGAUAAAAAUUGUUUUUGAUUUCAAAAUGUAUUAUGUAAAUUUAAGAGGAGUGGAGAGGGUAACUUUCUUUCUGUGAGGAAUUUGUGACACCUAUUUUAGAGAAGAGGGCUACACUUUUAUUUUAUUUUUUUAAUGGUUUCUAACCUCCUUUUACUGUGCAUUGUUUAACUCGCCCAUUAUUACAUCUAUUGUGAGUGCUAUAAAUUUAGUUUUUCUUUUUUUGAACAGCGUGAAAUUCGUCAGCAAUUAGCAGAAAAGGCAAAAUCUGGCGAUCUUAAAGUAGUCAAUGGAUCAAAUGCAUCAGCAGCCGUGCAGCCGCCAUCAAAACGCAAACGACGUUGGGAUCAAACUGCAGACCAGACUCCCGGGUCUACGCCAAAGAAAAUGUCAAGCUGGGAUCAAGCUGAGGUCGUUGUACUUAAUCUAGCUUUCUACAUAGAUUCAGUAUAAUUAUUUUCCUCUUUAAAAUAAUGUUAUUUCGAUCACUUUGGUACUUCUUCAUUGGAUGUUUCUUCUUAAAGGAAAGUUGGCACUGCCCAGGAUUUUUAUUAUUAUUGGUAUUUAAACUUAUUCUGCAGCGCUUUACAAUAUAUUUUAAAAUUUUACUUGUCUUUAUAUUAAACAAAUGUUUAACAUUUCAAAACGAAAAGCUGCACAUACAUAUUGCUAAUAGCAGAAGUGUUCAAGAAGGUUGAAGUAACCCUUUAAGAAUGAAAAAAGUAUAUCACUGCCUCUUUAAACUUUGGUAUAAAUUAGAUAUUCGAUAAAAAAAAAAGUGAGCAUUUGUGUAUCCUGACUCUUCGGUAUUAGGAAAUGUAAAAUGUUGCAGGAAUAUGUGAUACAUAAUAGAUGUAAAAUAUAUAUUGGCACAAUAUACUACUGCAACAUGGAUCACAAGAGGUUGUUAUGCAGAUUUAAUAAAUUAAUUUUAAGAAAUUUUCGAUCAAAAGCGAAUUAAUUUUUUUUUUUUUUUUUUUUUUCUCACGGAAGACUCCUGGGCACACUCCUUCUUCAUUAAGAUGGGAUGAAACUCCUGGUCGAUCAAAAGGAAAUGAAACUCCUGGAGCCACACCAGGCUCAAAGAUAUGGGAUCCUACUCCUAGUCAUACACCAGCAGGUGCAGCAACACCAGGACGUGGUGACACACCAGGCCAUGCAACUCCUGGACAUGGGGGUGCAACAUCUAGUGCACGGAAAAAUCGUUGGGAUGAGACACCUAAAACAGAACGUGGUGAGUCUUCUCUCUAAAUGGUCCUUUGUGUUUCUCUUGUUGUGUUUUAUAUAUAUAUAUAAUCUCUUUGCUUAACAAUCUGUGUAUUUGGUUACCUCAUUCAUGGUACUAUUCCCAAUUUAGACACUCCUGGACACGGAAGUGGCUGGGCUGAGACUCCUCGCACGGAUCGAGGGGGAGACUCUAUAGGUGAAACUCCAACACCUGGAGCAAGUAAAAGAAAAUCACGUUGGGAUGAGACUCCAGCAAGUCAAAUGGGUGGUAGCACUCCUGUUUUGACUCCUGGCAAAACACCAAUUGGUACACCUGCUAUGAACAUGGCAACACCUACUCCAGGUAAGGUUUUUUAUUUUAUUUUUUAUAUUGGUUUACGGUUUUAAACUCUGGUUUUGCGGAUUUAAUUUUUGCAAGACAAAUAUGCAGCAUUCUGUAUAGCGAUGGCUUCCAAUACUAAACCACAUAAGCGUUUAAAUCCAAUCUUUAUCUGUGAAACAUUGGAUUUGAAACAUACUAAUUAGUUAGAUAAACACACUUAUAUUAUAAUUAUAUAGUUUUACUGUUCUAGAGUGUUAUUUAGAUUUACAAAACAAAACUUCGAAACGUACUGGUAAUCCUGCUUUUCCCUUGUUGCUCAGUCUUCCUGCUGCUACCUUGAUGAGAUCAUCCGUAUUCUUAGGUCUAAUCCAACACUUCCCAUUGAAUCCAUUGUAAGGACUAACUUAAGACUUUUAAUUAUAGAAAUUAACAGGGGAAGGUCUGCACAUGAGCAAAAACACAGUCAGUUACAUGUGCAGUGUUUCCAUUAUGUUGGGUUUUAGGAGCUGAUCACACAUACUGAAGCGGCUCCUGCUGAAUGCUAAACCGCUAAAUGCAUUAACAAAGUGCUGAUUUGAAAAAAAAAAUCUUUUUUUUUUUUGGAGGGGGGUGUUUUUUUGUGUGUUUUUUUUUAAAUAUUUCAAGUAUUCGUGUUUGUAGUGAUAGCCUUUAUUAGAAAAUAUUUGAAGGUUUUAUACUUUCCUUUGGGUUCUUUUACUGACAUCGCCUAAAUAGGGAACAAGGUUAUAGACCCUCCUCUAAGCAGUGCAAACUAACUCCUUGUGUUAUUACUGAUUUGAAAUGUCAUCCAGUGCCUAUACAGUAAAUGGCCUGCAGGGAACCUAGACUGUAGGAAAGAUAACAAACCAGUAGCCAUUGCAGUUUUCCACAUUAUCAUAUUAAUGAUUGCUUGCUUCCUCUCGAAGUAUGAGGCAAAACGUAUACAUUUUAACCUUGGGUAUGGCGAAAUUUGUAGUGUGGAGUGUAGUUGAGGAUGAGACAGAGACUGCAAGUAGAAAUAGUAGGAAUAUAUUUAAAGAAUGUCAGUGUCUGCUACCCUUCCUCAUGUGGCAUUUUCAAUUUGUUCAACAAGCUAAGUAUGCCAAAGUAAAAAAAAAAAAAAAAAUUUCGACUUUCAUAAUGUAUGUAUAAAUUCAUGAUGCCUAAAAGUUUGUAUUUAUAUUCUUCUUCAGGACACAUUAUGAGUAUGACUCCUGAACAGCUUCAAGCAUGGAGAUGGGAGCGUGAAAUUGAUGAACGAAACCGCCCAUUAUCUGAUGAAGAAUUGGAUGCAAUGUUUCCAGAAGGGUACAAGGUAACAUCCAAUGUUUUGAUUUUAUUGAUUGCAUUUUAGGUUAGACUUUAUAAAAGAAAAUGUCACUGGUAUAAAAUGUCUUACAGUUGAGAAAUAACCAUGGAAACAAAUUCUGAUGCUAUUUUAUAAUGAUCAAGAGCAAGUUAAAAACAACAAAUCAUAUUUUUCUCCCAGGUUCUCCCCCCACCUGCUGGGUAUGUUCCUAUUCGUACGCCAGCUCGGAAGCUGACUGCAACUCCAACACCUUUAGGAGGUUUGACUGGAUUCCACAUGCCUCAAGAAGAUCGAACAAUGAAAAGUGUCAGUGAUCAACCAUCUGGAAAUCUACCAUUCCUUAAACCUGAUGAUAUCCAGUACUUUGACAAACUGCUGGUAAGUUCUGGUUGUUCAUUAAAUCCAAAAAUAAUUUCAAACAGUUUGAAUUUUAACUUUUUUUUUUUUUUUUUGUAUAUUACACUAUAGGAAUGCUGGACAUAUUCCACAUUUCACUUAUUGAAAGUAACUUUUAGACUAGGCUAUUGCUGGAUGGCUCACAAGUAAAACAGCCCAAUAUUAUUUGCCAUGGAGAACAUAAUUGAUUAUUUAUUUUGGGGUGGAGGGGGUUGCUGCGUAAAGAUCCCGGUAUAAUGUGGAGUUGUGCACUUGUUUUAUUAAGAAUUUGUCUUGAGGCAUCUUCUAAUGCACUUUUGUUCUUCAUAAAAGGUUGAUGUUGAUGAAUCUACACUCAGUCCAGAGGAGCAAAAGGAAAGAAAAAUAAUGAAAUUGCUGUUAAAAAUAAAGAAUGGCACACCUCCAAUGAGGAAGGUAUGUAUUUUUUACUUUAUAUUAUGGAAAUCUACUAAAACACAUUGUACUCUACAAAGUUGAACAUGUCAUAAAUGUCUUAUUCAUUUUAAUUUUUUUGUGUGUUCUAGGCAGCAUUGCGUCAGAUUACUGAUAAGGCUCGUGAGUUUGGAGCUGGUCCACUGUUCAAUCAGAUCUUGCCACUACUGAUGUCUCCCACUCUUGAAGAUCAGGAGCGUCACUUGCUUGUUAAAGUUAUUGACCGUAUCCUAUAUAAACUGGAUGACCUUGUACGACCAUAUGUACAUAAGGUAUUCCAAAAUAAAUACAUAUUCACAAUAGUAAAUUGAUUUUUAUACAGUUAAUGUGUUUAAAGCAUGUACAGAAUUAUUUAGCUGAACUGUGAAAGCAUGGCCGACUUAGAGUAGUUUUCCAAUUGUGCUAUAUCGACUUUAAAUUUGGAAUCCACUCUGAAUUCUCCCUUUCGUGAAGAACCUUCUAAGUCUAUUGCAGACAGUCAUAUUUGUCAUAUUUAAGUAAUAUCUGUCAGAUAUGUUGUAAAAUUGCACAAACAUAUUAAAAUUUGCUUUUCUUUAUUCUAGAUUCUUGUGGUUAUUGAACCUCUGCUGAUUGAUGAAGAUUACUAUGCCAGAGUUGAAGGCAGAGAAAUUAUAUCCAACUUGGCUAAGGUGAUUUCUCCCUUUAUAAUGGCAACACGUCUGUAUUUUGCCUUCUAUAACUCUAUUUAACCAUUUUUGUGGAAAAUUUUGAAAUGGUUUCUGAUACAUAUGUAGUUAAACACACAGCACUAGUAUUGUUUUGCAAUCUUCAGUUAGAUCACUUAUAAAUUAACACACAACUCCUAUUUACCAACCAUUUUUGAGUGCAUAUCUAAAUUAUGAUAACAAAAUAAAAUAAAAUAGACUACCCUCCUGUAACAUCCGUUCAUCAGAAAUCUAUUCUAUAUCUAACUUCCACUGAAACACAGUGUACACAGGUAACUGUACAUGCAUGAUAAUGCAUUAUUUCGUCCUUAAGCGUUAAUGGGAGGGACAUACAUAGCACAAACACAAUAAUUUCAAUUCAUUUGAAAGGACAUUAUAGCAGUUACUACUGGCUUCACUGUUCAUUCAUGUGCUGACUUAUAUCAUGUACAGUAGUAUGUUUUCUGCAAUAUAUGCUUUACAGUUUGUCAGAAUUAACAGACUAGGUUAUGGAGGCAUGGAUUUGAGUAUAUAUCUUCUUUUUCAGGCUGCUGGUUUGGCUACUAUGAUUUCAACUAUGAGACCUGAUAUUGACAACAUGGAUGAAUAUGUCCGUAAUACAACAGCCCGAGCCUUUGCUGUUGUCGCUUCAGCUCUGGGCAUUCCAUCCUUGCUGCCUUUCUUGAAGGCUGUUUGUAAGAGUAAAAAAUCCUGGCAGGCUCGUCACACUGGAAUAAAGAUUGUACAGCAAAUUGCUAUUCUUAUGGGAUGUGCAAUUUUACCUCAUCUGAGGAGUUUGGUGGAAAUCAUUGAACAUGGUAAGCUUUGUGUUUUUUUUUGUUGUUUUUUUAAUAAUUGCUAUUUUACAGUUUAAAGUUUUUCAUAAUGUUUUAGUGGGGAAUGAGGGACAGCACUAAAUCUGGACUAAGAAAAACCUUGAAGAGGCAUUCUCUCAAGAUUUAAAGUAGGCUUCAGCUUCUUUUUGUUAAACCACUCAAAUUGUUAACCCAGGUCCCCUGUAACCUGCGCAGAGUCCCUUGCUUACAAUAUUGCUAAUGUGAAUGUUAUAUUUAUUGAUUGAGGAGAGUGUAUAAUGAUCUUAUUAACCAUAAUUGUAUUUUUUGUGUGUCUUCUAGUGUGUGACAGACAUGAUGAUUGCGCGGAUUAAAUUACAUUAUGAUAGUGUGUGUGUGUGUGUAUGUAUAUGUAUAUGUGUGUGUGUGUAUAUAUAUAUAUAUAUAUAUGUGUGUGUGUGUGUGUGUGUAUAUGUAUGUGUGUGUAUGUAUAUAUAUAUAUAUAUAUAUAUAACCAAUUCCUGCACUCCAACCUAAAUCUAAUGGUACCUGGUGCCCUGGUUGCAAUACUAACAUAUCCAAAGAAAUACCGGCACUCAAGGCUUUUCAAUCCAGACAAAUUCUUUUUAAUCCAAAACCACUGUCAACGUUUCAUCUCCCCAUGGAGCUUUCAUCAGGACAUCAAUGUGUGUGUGUGUGUAUAUGUAUGUGUAUACUAGAGUAUAAGUCGAGUUUUUCGGCACAUUUUUUUUUGUGUUGAAAAACCCCCACUCGACUUAUAAUCGAGUCACUUACAUUGCCAUAAUACAGACCAGGACCGCCGGGCUCAUUACAAGCCCGGCGGUCCUGUUGGGGGCUGGCAGCGAGCUGUAACUUACCUUUCCUGCAGCUCCUGUCAGCUCCCUUCUCCUGCGUUCCGGUCAGCUCCACUGUAAAUCUCGCGAGAGCCGCGGGGUCAGAGCGUUGCUACGGGUUACCGCGGCAGUCACACACAUACUGCAUUCUAUAUAUAUAUAUAUAUAUAUAUAUAUAUAUAGACACACACACACACACACACUGCAUUCUAUACACACACUGUAAAUAAAUAUUCAAAUAUUUUUGGGGGAUCUAAUUUUAUUUAGAAAUUUUCCAGUAGCUGCUGCAUUUCCCACCCUAGUCUUAUACUCUAGUCGAUAAGUUUUCCCAGUUUUUUGGGGUAAAAUUAGGGGUCUCGACUUAUAUCCGGGUCGACUUAUACUCGAGUAUAUCAGUAUAAAAUCUCUCCUUACACCCACUUCACUCAUCCCCCCCCAUCCACAUUUACAUAUGCCCUUCUCUGCUACACUCCCCCCUUCUCUCAUCUCAUGCCUUACACUAAUUUUUCUACUCUCACUCCAACCCACAAUCGAUCUCAUCCUAGACCCCAUGCAUACAAAACCCAUUCACACCUCCUGUCACUUUCUCUCCUCCUACUUCUAGCAGCUGGUGAUGUCUCUCCCAAUCCAGGGCCCUUCACCUUCUCUACUCACACUAAGACAACCAGAAAUCCCACAAACCUCAUCACAAUACCCUGCCCUUUACUCUCACUUACCAAAAUUAAUUGUGCACACUGGAAUGCCCGCUACAUCUACAGUAAUUUAAAAUCAACAACCAUACCUGGCUGCCCCCCUCUGACUCCUGCCUCUUUAUGUUUUGGUGGGCUACAAUUCUCUCACACUCCCAGACUCAACUGUAAAGGAGGCGGCGUGGGCAUCCUUCUUUCCCCUCAAUGUAUCUUUCAACCAAUCAUAACUCCGCCUGCCCUAUCCUUUUUUUCUUUUGAAGUCCACACUGUCCGCCUAUUUAAACCCACUCCUUUAAGAAUUGCCGCCCCCCCCUCCCCCUUCCCGGUUAUCCUAGACUAUUCAUUGAGCACUUUUCUUCCUGGCUUCCCCACUUCCUCUCAUCUAGCACUCCUUCCCUUAUACUUGGGGAUUUCAAUAUCCCAUUCAAUAACCCCAAUUGCACUGAUGCCUCUCGUCUACUUUUGUAUCCAAGAUCGUUGAAAAAAUUGUGUAUUCGAGAUUGACAGACUUCCUCGAGUCCAACUCUCUGCUAGACCCGCUUCAUCUGGUUUCCGUGCUAAGCACUCUGUGGAAACGGCACUGACCAAAGUAUCCAAUGAUCUACUCGCUGCAAAAUCUCGUGGUCACUACUCUAUCCUAAUUCUCCUUGACCUGUCCUCGGCUUUUGACACUGUUGAUCAUCAACAGCUUCUUCUCAUCCUCUGCAAUAUCGGUCUACAAGAUACUGCUCUCUCCUGGUGUUCCUCCUACCUCUCCCAGCGCUCUUUCGGUGUUUCUUUCUCUGGCUCUGCUUCUUCUCCCCAACUCCUCUCUGUUGGUGUCCCCCAAGGUUCAGUCCUUGGUCCCCUACUGUUCUCCAUCUACAAUGCCUCACUUGGUACACUCGUUAGCUCCUUUGGCUUCCAAUAUCAUUUCUAUGUGGAUGACACGCAAAUCUACCUGUCCUCUCCUGAUCUCUCCCCGUCCCUCUUGACUAGUGUCUCUGACUGCCUCUCUGCUGUUUCUAACUGGAUGGCUACCCACUUCCUUAAACUAAAUUUGACAAAAACUGAAAUUCUGGUCUUUCCUCCCUCAAGUGUUGUUACUCCUGUGUCUGUCUCCCUCCAAGUCAACGGUGCUACCAUCAGCUCCACCACGCAGGCUCGCUGCCUAGGUGUUCUCUUUGACUCCGACUUCUCCUUCAAGCCUCAUGUUCAGUCUAUCGCCAAAUCCUGUCAUUUCCAUCUGAAAAACAUUGCGCGGAUCCGCCCCUACUUAACGCCAGAUGCCACUGAGGUGUUGGUCCAUUCCACUGUCCUUUCUCGCUUUGACUACUGUAAUCCGCUUCUCAGUGGUCUUACGUGCUCCCAACUAGCGCCGUUACAGUCCAUAAUGAAUGCGGCGGCGAGGCUCAUCUUCCUGUCCGCCCGCACCUCCCAUGCCUCACCCUUCUGUCAAUUCCUACAUUGGCUUCCUAUAAAAUAUAGAGCUCAAUUUAAAAUUCUGGUUCUUGCUUUCAAAGCUCUACAUAAUGCUGCUCCCACCUAUCUAUCCUCCCUUAUACACAAGUAUGUCCCGUCUAGGCCCUUACGAUCUGCUGAAGACUUACGUCUAUCUUCUGUCCGUACUCCCACCUCUGAUGCUCGCCUUCAAGAUUUCUCGAGGGCUGCACCGUUCCUGUGGAACUCGCUUCCCUCCUCUGUUAGAUGCUCACCCAGUCUCCACUCCUUCAAAAAAUCGUUAAAAACCCACUUCUUCAUAAAAGCGUAUCAAUUAAACUAAUAGCUCCAGACUGAUUCCUCUUCUGCAACUGUCAUUAGUCUAAUACUAUCCUUACCUUUUUGUGUCAUUUUACCCCACUCCCUCUAACAUGUAAGGUCAUUGAGCAGGACCCUCAACUCCUCUGUUCCUGUGUGUCCAACUUGUCUGGUUACAACUACAUGUCUGUUCGUCCACCCAUUGUAAAGCCCUGCGGAAUUUGACGGCGCUCUAUAAAUAUCAUAUUUAAUAUUAUUAAAAUAUUGUGAAAAAAUAACUUGGCUUUUAUUCAGCAACUGCCACAAAGAAUCAACUCAAGGAAAUCGGUCUAGAUAAAAAUGCUUGUUCUUGGGUAGAACAUUGGCUUACAAAUAGAGUACAAAGAGUUGUCAAUAAUGGUAAAUUAUUACAGAGGUGGCAAGUGGUGUCCCUCAGGGGUCUGUUCUGGGACCCCUUCUAUUUAACAUGUUUAUAAAUGAUCUUGAAGACAGCAUUGAAAGUCAUGUUUCAGUGUUUGCAGGUUACACAAAACUCUGUAAAAUAAUACAAUGUGUGCAAGAUAUUACUUUGCUGCGGAGGAAUUUAGAUAGACUGGGCACUCAAAUGGCAGAUUAAAUUUAAUGUUGAAAAAUGCAAAGUUAUGCACUUCGGCGUAAAGAAUACACAAGCAACGUAUACCCUUAAUGGAAGCGAAUUAGGGAUUGCAACACACGAAAAGGACUUGGGAAUUAUUAUAGACAACAAACUAUGCAACAAUGUGCAAUGUCAAUCCGCAGUGGCUAAGGCCAGAAAGGUAUUGUCAUGCAUGAAAAAGGGCAUUCAUUCUCGGAAUGAGAAUAUAAUUUUGCCUCUUUAUAAAUCACUGGUAAGACCAUAUAUUGAAUGUGCUGUGCAAUUUUGGGCACCUGUUCUAAAGAAGGAUAUUAUGGCGCUAGAAAAAGUGCAGAGGCAGGCUACAAAAUUAAUAAAAGGAAUGGAACAUAGCUAUGAAGAAAGGUUAACAAAUUUAAACCUAUUUAGUUUAGAAAAACGUCGCCUGAGAGGGGAUAUGAUAAAAUUAUACAUAUAUAUUCGGGGCCAAUACAAACCAUUGUGUGGAAUUCUUUUCACAAACCGGACUUUACAUAGGACACGAGGCCAUGCGUUUAGACUGGAAGAAAGAAGAUUUCGUCUAAGGCAAAGGAAAGGUUUUUUUACUGUAAGAACAAUCAGGAUGUGGAAUUCUCUGCCUGAAGAAGUGGUUUUAUCAGAGUCCAUACAGAUGUUCAAACCGCUACUAGAUGCAUACUUGCAAAAACAGAAUAUUCAAGGAUAUAAUCUUUCAAUGUAGGGUAAUAACUUCUUGAUCCAAGGAUAAAUCUGACUGCCAUUCUGGGGUCAAGAAGAAUUGACUUUUUUUUUUUUCUAGCUUGUUGCAAAAUUGGAAGUGCUUCAAACUGUUUUUUUUUUUGCCGCCUUUUGGAUCAACCGCAAAAAACAAAUGUAAGGAAGGUUGAACUUUCUGGACGCAAGUCUCUCUUUUCAGCUAUGUAACUAUGUAAUAAUAUGUAACGUUUCAGUUCCAAUUCAGAACUUUCGUCAGCAUCCUGACGAAAGUUCAGAUUUGGAACUGUAACGUUGAUCUUUUGUGGCAGUUGCUGAAUAAAAGCGAAGUUAUUUUUUCACAAUACUUAUGAAGUCCUUGGAGUGCUAUAUUAAAACAUUUCUAUUUUAUAUUGCCAACAAGCACCGGGCUUAAACUUAUUCAUUACUGGAGUGCAAGCAUUGGAAUAUAUAUAAUAUAAUAUUAUAUAUAUAUGUGUGUGUGUGUGUGUGUGUGUGUGUAUAUGUGUGUGUGUGUGUGUGUGUGUAUAUAUAUAUUUAUAUGUAUGUGUAUAUAUAUGUGUGUGUGUGUGUGUGUAUAUAUAUAUAUAUAUAUAUAUAUAUAUAUAUAUAUGUAUGUAUGUGUGUGUGUGUGUGUGUAAUAUAUAUAUAUAUAUAUAUAUAAUAUAAUUUUUAAUUUUUUUUUAGGUCUGGUUGAUGAACAGCAGAAAGUGCGAACCAUCAGUGCUUUGGCUAUUGCUGCCUUGGCUGAGGCAGCUACUCCUUAUGGUAUUGAGUCAUUUGAUUCUGUGCUGAAGCCAUUGUGGAAAGGUAUUCGGCAACACAGAGGAAAGGUAAUAAUAAAAUGUUUUGAUGAAGAAAAUAUUGUGUGCUGUCCAGUCUUCACUCCUCAUAUGUGUGCCUCAUAUGCAAUUAAUCUCUUGUUUGUUUGUUUUCUGAAUAGGGUUUGGCUGCCUUCUUAAAGGCUAUUGGUUACCUCAUUCCUCUUAUGGAUGCAGAGUACGCAAACUACUAUACCAGGGAAGUGAUGUUGAUUUUAAUCCGAGAAUUUCAGUCUCCUGAUGAAGAAAUGAAAAAAAUUGUCCUAAAGGUAAAUAGUCCUGCUACGUAUGUUCAAACUUUGAUACAUGAUCUCUUUGCUGAAAAUAUUUUCACUGAAGUCAUGUUGGCAAGCAGGUACAAAUUUUAAAGAAUUAACCUGUUAUUUUAUGUAAAGCUAUACUAAAUUGUUUGGUCUAUUCUUACAGGUGGUCAAGCAGUGUUGUGGCACAGAUGGUGUGGAAUCAAAUUACAUUAAGACCGAAAUUCUUCCUCCGUUCUUCAAGCAUUUUUGGCAACACAGAAUGGCAUUAGACAGGCGGAACUACAGACAGGUAAAAUCAUGCACAGAAAUUUUGCAAUCUUUUUUUCGUAUGAAAUAUGCAACUACCUUCUUGUAACUUUUUUUGCAAAUAUUUUACAGCUGGUUGAUACAACAGUUGAGCUUGCGAAUAAAGUGGGAGCAGCUGAAAUAAUAUCUAGAAUUGUUGACGAUUUAAAAGAUGAAGCUGAGCAGUAUCGUAAAAUGGUGAUGGAAACAAUAGAGAAAAUAAUGGGCAAUCUUGGAGCCGCAGAUAUUGACCAUAAACUAGAGGAACAGUUGAUUGAUGGAAUACUGUAUGCUUUCCAGGAACAAACUACUGAGGUAACUGUAUUUUAAUCAUAGCCUACAUUUUCCACAAUGGCAUAAAAGAUUAACAUGAGAAGAAACAGUUAGUGUUUCGAAGCAUGGUCUUGUUACCAGUGGGGUACCUCAGGGAUCUGUACUUCGACCCAUUCUCUUUAAUAUUUUUAUUAGUGAUAUUGCAGGUCUUGAUGGUGAGGAAUGUCUUUUUUGCUGAUACUAGGAUAUGUAACAGGUUUGAAGUUUCAGGAGGGAUAAGCCACAUGGCAAAUGAUUUAUGUAAACUAGAAAAAUGGUCGGAGUUGUGGCACCUGACAUUUAAUGUGGAUAAGUGCAAGAUAAUACAUCUUGAGAGUAAAAACCCAGGGGCAGAGUACAUAAUAUUUGAUAGAGUCCUAACCUCAACAUCGGAGUAAAGGGAUUUAGGAGUAAUAAUUUCAGAUGACUCAAAGGUAGGCAGACAGUGUAAUAGAGCAGCAGGAAAUGCUAGCAGAAUGCUUUGUUGUAUAGGGAGAGGUAUUCGUAGUAGAAAGAGGGAAGUGCUUAUGCCAUUAUACAGAACACUGGUGAGACCUCACUUGGAGCAUUGUACGCAAUACUGGAGACUGUAUCUCCAGUAGGAUAUUGAUACUUUAGAGAGUUCGGAGAAGGGCUACUAAACUGGUUCAUGGAUUGCAGGAUAAAACUUACAAGGAAAGGUUAAAGGAACUUAACAUGUAUAGCUCGGAGGAAAGGCGAGACAGGGGGAUAUGAUCGUAACAUUUAAAUACAUAAAGUGAAUCAACACAGUAAAAGAGGAAACUAAAUUUAAAAGAGGAAAAACUACCACAACAAGAGAACAUUAGCUUAAAUUAGAGGGGCAAAGGUUUAAAAGUAUCAGGAAGUAGUGGAUGCAUGGAAUAGCCUUCCAGCUGAAGUGGUAGAGGUUAACACGGUGAAAGAGUUAAAGCAUGCGUGGGAUAGGCAUAAGGCUAUCCUAGCUAUAAGAUAAAGGACUUAUGAAAGUAUCUCGAAAAUCGGGCAUACUAGAUGGGCCAAAUGGUUCUUAUCUGCCGUCACAUGCUAUGUUUCUAUGUAAUUUAAAAAUAAUUUUAUAUAUACUCUCUCUGUUUCCCCCACCCCGUAGUGUUGCUGUUGUACAUGGAGAGCAGCUGAGCUAAAUCUAUGACUGGUGUACCGUAUAGCUUAACUGGGCUUGUCUUUGAAGUACCAUAUCAAAUGUACACCUGAGUUUUAUGUGUUCGUUUUUCUUAUUAAUUUCAAGUCAUACUAACUACUAUACUGACAUAGUACAGCUGAUUAAAUUUUGUUUAGAAAAUGACUUAAAAGGACAUUCCACUGUCCCAAACGAAUAUACUAUUUAGCAGAUAUACCCAAAAUGAAAAAAAUGAUGCAUUUCAUUUUGCAUUUUUUUUCUUUUGUGGUUAUAUCUAAAAACAUCUAGCAAAAGCUGCAGAUCUCGUCAGGCUUCCCAAUGUAGUUCAAUGAUAAGUAUUUCAAUGAUAUGUGUUUGAGGGGGUUUGGGGGUUAACAAUGUUAAUUUAUAAAAAUCCUUUUUAUUUAUAUUUUUUUAAAAUUUUAUUAUUGGAACACAUUUCAUGCAUAAAGCCCUUCAAAGUACUCUAGUACUCUAAUGUUUUAGACUACCUGACAGGCAAACUUCAUUAUUACAUAUUUUACAUUUCAGUGAUAUUUUCCUUUUCGUUUUAUCACUGCUAGAGUGGCCUCUCAAAAACCCAGACUUUAUUUUUAUUUUAGGAUUCUGUGAUGUUAAAUGGUUUUGGCACGGUUGUAAAUGCUCUUGGAAAGAGAGUGAAACCUUACCUACCCCAGAUCUGUGGUACAGUCCUGUGGCGUUUGAAUAACAAAUCUGCGAAAGUGAGGCAACAGGCGGCUGAUUUGAUAUCUCGUACUGCAGUUGUGAUGAAGACAUGUCAAGAGGUAAGUUAUGUUAAGCUUAUACAUGGUUUUGUGCUCUUCUGGAGUUUUUAUAUUUUCUGCAGCACAUUUAUAUUUGCUUUUUAUUUUAGGAAAAAUUAAUGGGUCAUUUGGGUGUUGUCUUGUAUGAAUAUCUUGGGGAAGAAUACCCUGAAGUUCUUGGAAGCAUUUUAGGAGCACUGAAAGCAAUUGUCAAUGUCAUAGGUAAUUAUGUAAACAGUAUACCAUAAUUUUUGGGCUGUAUGUACAUAUGUAGAUACUCAAUAUUAAAUUCUUGUUUAUUAGGAAUGCAUAAAAUGACUCCACCUAUAAAGGAUCUGUUGCCAAGGCUUACACCAAUUCUGAAGAACAGGCAUGAAAAAGUGCAAGAAAACUGCAUUGAUCUUGUUGGGCGCAUCGCUGACAGGUUGGUUAACCUAUGUAUGCAACUUUGUACACAAACAAUAGCUUUGUAAUGACACACAACCUGCUGUUAUAGCAAACUGUAAAUAUCUUCUUGUAAAUUUAAAUUUAUAUUAAAGGGAUUAAACCGACAUUAGAUGAGUCUUUCAGUAAAUCUUCCAAUGUAAAAAGUGUUUUUGACAAUAACUGUACAUUAUUCUAAGAACUCUAAAGAAUGUGAAGUGUAAUUACAAGAAGGAGGCAUAAAUGUGGUUGGAUGACACAAUGGCUUUUAAAAACCACUUCUUACGAAGCCUGUCUAGAAAUUCCAUACCAUUUAGUUACUUUCCCACCUGUGUCCACCGAACUGCUGCAUCUACUGAACAAACCGCUUCCUUGCUUGUUUAGGUUUUAUAUUCUGUUUCAAUGUAACUUCUAGCCACUGUAAUCAAACAUUUUUGUCAACAGGGGAGCAGAAUAUGUGUCUGCAAGAGAGUGGAUGAGGAUUUGUUUUGAACUGCUCGAGCUGCUAAAGGCUCACAAAAAAGCUAUUCGAAGAGCAACUGUGAAUACUUUUGGUUAUAUUGCAAAAGCAAUUGGGUGAGUAAUUUCUAUAUUCCUUGGUUACGAAGAAAAUUUAUAUAUUUUUUUGGUUUGGGUAGAGUUUUUGUAAAGUGAUAUCCUCGAUUGAUAUGCAGUGUACAUGCACACAUCUCGUUGAUAUUUAUAACUAACAAAGAAAAUAAAUGUUUGCGUUCCAAAUAUUGUAUUAACCCCUUAAGGACCGAGGACGGUUCAGGACCGUCAUCGGCAUUUUUGCCUUGCCGACCGAUGACGGUCCUGAACCGUCCAAACGGUCUGGGGGUACUUACCUGAUCGCCGUCGUUCCCCCGGCGGCGAUCAGUGUUCCUCCGGUUGUGGGGAGACUGCCUGCAGCCCAGACAGUCUCCCCACGACAGAUUAGGACCCCUGUGGCCAUGUGAUCGCUUAACACAGCGAUCACAUGGUCACAAUAGGUGUCCAUAGUGCUGCCUGCAGGGGGACUGCCUGUGCUGACAGGCAGUCUCCCUGCAACUGUAAAAUCAAAAAAAAAUAAAGUUAAUGGUAAUAAAAAAAAUAAUAAUAAUUAUAUAUGUAUAAAUAUGAUAUAUAGACAUAUAUUAUAUCUAUAUAAUAUAUGUCUAUAUAUCAUAUAUAUAUAUGUCAUACUAAGUGUAUUUUUAUAUUAAUAUGUACUUAUAUUAAUAUAAAAAUACACUUAUAAUUAAAUUACACACGUAUAUAUAUAAUAUAUAUAAUAACUAUAUAUAUUGUAUAUAUAUAUUAUUAUAAAAUAUAAAUAAUAAGUAAUUUAAAUUAAAUAAAUUUUUUUAAAUAAUAAUAAAAAAUUAAAAAAAAAUUAUAUAGCUAUAUGAAAUUUUAUUCUAACUGUAUUUUAAAAUUAAUAUAUAUAUAUUUAUAUCAAAAUACACUUAGAAUGAAUUUGUAUAUAUAUCUAUGUAUAUAAAAAUAAAUAAAAAUAAUAAGAAAUAUACAUAUGUCCAUAUACAAAAUUACAUAAAUAAUUAUAUAAAUAUACACGUAGACUUCAAAUAUAUAAAUAUGCAUAUAUAUUUAAAUUCUACGUGCGUAUUUAUGUAAUAUUUUUACAUAAUUCAGUAAUUUUAUUGAUUGCAAUUUGAGGGACCUGCCUGCCAACCCAGGCCGAAAUUCCAGAGAAUUUAAUUUGCUAGCACUGUAUUUUACCCUGUAACGUUCUACGACACCCUAAAACCUGUACAUGGGGGGUACUGUUUUACUCGGGAGACUGCGCUGAACACAAAUAUUAGUGAUUCACAACAUAAAACAUAUCACAGCGAUGAUAUUGUCAGUGAAAGUUACUUUUUUUGCAUUUUUCACACACAAACAGCACUUUUACUGAUGAUAUAAUUGUUGUGAUACGUUUUCCAGUUUUUAAACACUAAUAUUUGUGUUCAGCGAUGUCUCCCGAGUAAAACAGUACCCCCCAUGUACAGGUUUUAUAGCAUUUUUGAAAGUUACAAGGUCAAAUAUAUGGGUCAAAUAUUUUACAUUGAAAAUGGCCAGGUUGGUUACGUUGCCUUUGAGAGCGUAUGGUAGCCCAGGAAUGAGAAUUACCCCCAUGAUGGCAUACCAUUUGCAAAAGAAGACAACCCAAGGUAUUGCAAAUGGGGUAUGUCCAGUCUUUUUUAGUAACCACUUGGUCACAAACACUGGCCAAAAUUAGCGCUCAAUUUAGUUUUUUUACUUUUUUCACACACAAACAAAUAUGAAUGCUUACUUUGGCCAGUGUUUUCGACUAAGUGGCUACUAAAAAAGACUGGACAUACCCCAUAUUGAAUACCCUGGGUUGUCUACUUUAAAAAAAAUAUGUACAUGUGGGGUGUUAUUCAGAGAUUUAUGACAGAUAAUAGUGUUACAAUGUCACUAUUGAUAAAUUUUAAAAAUGUAUGUUUUGAAACCGCAAUAUCCUACUUGUACCUAUAGCCCUAUAACAUGCAAAAAAAAGCAAAAAAGCACGUAAACACUGGUAUUUUUAAACUCAGGACAAAAUUUUGAAUCUAUUUAGCAGUUUUUUUCAUUCGCUUUUGUAGAUGAGUAAAAGAUUUUUCAAGUAAAAGUCAAAAAACAUGUAUUUUUUUCAAUUUUUCAUCAGAUUUUUGUAUUUUUUUUAAAUUAAAAUACAUGAGAUUAUAUAAAUAAUGGUAUGUAAAGAAAGCCCAUUUUGUCCUGAAAAAAACAAUAUAUAAUUUGUAUGGGAACAGUAAAUGAGAAAGCGGAAAAUUACAGCCAAACACAAACACCACAAAAGUGUAAAAAUAUUCCUGGUCGCAAAUGUACAACAUCGCAAAAACAGUCCAGUCCUUAAGGGGUUAAAAGUUAGAUCAUUUGAAAAAAAUAUGGAUGAAAUUGCUAAGACAAAGGAUGCCUUUAGAUAUAUUAUAUGUUUCAUAAAGCUGUUUAUAAAGAUCAAAAUAGUGUAUGAUCAGGCUUAAAAUUUCCAAUAGCCAUUUUCAAGGCAAGUAGAACAUUAGCCCUGGUGAAUAAAUUAAGGCUUGCAGUGACAAAUGCUCUUGAAGCCUGGGUAAGUAGGACAUUACCUCAAAUUGAUUGUACUGGAUGACCUUGCUUUAAGUUACAAUUCUAUGGCCCGUGACUUUAUUUUUUUAAUUUUUUAGGCCUCAUGAUGUGCUUGCUACUCUACUCAAUAACCUGAAAGUCCAAGAAAGACAAAACAGAGUGUGUACUACAGUAGCCAUUGCUAUUGUAGCCGAGACCUGUUCACCAUUCACAGUUCUACCUGCUCUUAUGAAUGAAUAUCGAGUGCCAGAACUUAAUGUACAGAAUGGUGUAUUAAAAUCUCUCUCCUUCCUGUUUGAGUACAUUGGAGAAAUGGGAAAAGAUUACAUUUAUGCCGUAACACCACUGCUGGAAGACGCUUUAAUGGACAGGUACAGAGAGCUAUUGUUCGAUAACGUAAAAACGAAACUAUAAAACGCACCUUGUCUUUCAUAUAACAUGCAAAUUGCAAAAGUUAUGCUAUACGGGAGUUUUAAUUAUAAGGGGUACAGUUUGCAGAGAGGUGCAUGAAAGGAACAAAAUCCUUGUUUGUGUGUAAUUAGAUAAGUGCUUUUUGUUUUUAAGUAAAGUGAUACUUGUUCUAAUACCAUAGAUUCUGCUGCUUCAGUAAAACUCUGCAAGAAGAAUAUUCUGUCUGGUGAAUCACUUCAUGAUUAACACUAUUCAUCAGAUACUAGUAAUCUGUGUUCUAACCAUUACUACUACUUUUCUUUAUACAGGGAUCUUGUACAUAGACAGACUGCCAGUGCAGUAGUUCAGCAUAUGUCUCUUGGUGUGUACGGAUUUGGAUGUGAAGACUCGUUGAACCACUUACUAAAUUAUGUGUGGCCCAAUGUGUUUGAGACUUCUCCACAUGUAAUCCAAGCAGUUAUGGGGGCUCUUGAGGGUCUCCGGGUUGCUAUUGGGCCUUGCCGAAUGCUACAGUAUUGUUUACAGGUAAUUCAUAUAUCUUAAACGCCCUUUUGUUCCAAAAAAAACCAACUUUUUAUAUGCAUGUGUGGACUUGUAGUGUGUUUUUUGUUUUUUUCCCAUUUAGGUUUGAUACUAAGGUUGUUUUUAAAUGCAUGUGAUAUUAAUUCUACUUCUCCAUUCUUGUGAGACAGAAUGGCUGGUUUGGACAAGUGAGAUGUAUGUUGUAUUUUUUUAUAAACAAAAUGCAUAUUGAAGAUAAGCCAAUACAAUUUUUAAAUUCAUGAAAAAUGUUGCCUGAGAACUUAAAUGGCUUGAGUAGAGCAACAUUUCAAAAAGCCCUUUAGUACAUCUACAAAUAUGGCAAAUUUGAAGAAGAAAUAAUUUCUGUUGAACAAGAAUAUAGUGUUGAAUAUAAAAAAAAUAAGCAGAGUUUUAUUCUUUAAAAAAAAAUCCACAAUUCAAUACCGCACUCAAAUAUAUGAAUUUAUGAAGUUGAAAGUCAUUUGAUGUAUAUGCAAAAAAAAUAAAAAAAAUUUAUUAUACAAAUUAUGUACACCAAUUCACAGGUAAUGUGCGAAUCACCGUAGUAAUUUGAUAUCCUUAUGAAUUCAUUGAUUUUACAGACUUUAUAGUACAUACAUCCCAGAAUACGUACAGUUAUCUACAGUCUAUAUACACAAUCUAAAUAGAGUUCAAUAGUUCCUUGUUGUUCAAAUGGAUCCACCGCUAAAUAGUUCUCUGUUUAGAAAAAUGUAUAUUCAACACAGAAAAAAUUGAAAAAAUAAGUUUAAAAAAAGAAAUAUGUGAACAAGAGAAAAAUAUGGAAAAAAGGAAAAAUUGAGAGAAAAAUUAAUAAUUGUUUUAAAAUGUUUAUUGGUUUUACAAUAUAAAUUCCAAAGCAAACGUAUUUGUGUUUAAGCAGAUAGGUGCCUGCGCAGAGGUGUAGUCAGCAAUACAUGUGUAAAAAAGAGUUGUUGCCUUCGCAGAGGCAUUAGAAUUUAUUUACUUGUUUUGCAGCAUUUAAUUGUGUAUGUUGUUGUGUACCUAUUGUAACCCUUACUAUGAUAGUUUUCGAUUUUAUUGUUCACGUUAUCGGGUAUGUUGUUGGUCGCCUGUACCUGUGUUUGUGUCGGGCAAAGCCGCUUGCUAUGUUGCGUGGAGAAAUUUUUUUGGGGGGGUGGGUUGGCUACUGUGGCAGCUAUGCGUUGUGGUGGCUCUGUGGAGUUUUCACGUGAGCUGAGUCAUUUGUGGUGUACACUUCGUUGUGUGCGUGCUGUGUGUGUUGUGUGAUUUUGUCAGUUCUCUGCUGGCUGUGUCUUCCCGCCCUCCCCAACGUCAGUGCCUUUUGCCGUGGCUUUGUGCCACGUUUUGCGCCUGCUGGUUGUCGAGGUUGUUGUGCUCUGGCUUAUAAUGUAGUGUCUCCGUUGUCAUAUGUUAUGUCGUAUGUAUGUCCCUUCUUGGUGCCCAGUGUUGUUGAGCGGUCCGUUGGUGUGGUCUGCGUGUGUGUGGUUCAUGGCCCCUCGUGUCUGUGUGGAGGUGUCGUGCUUGUGUGUUCCUCUAAUUGGCUUGUCUGAUAUCUAUGGUACCAUUUUCAUUGUCCGCCUUUUCCUGGUCGAUCUCGUUUUUGUUCGGUUAUAUAGUGUCUUGUGUGUCUAGGGGUUGGGUAUGGUGUGGUGUUAGGCCUGGAAUGUGGUCCUGCGUGGUAGCUAUAUGGUCCCUGUUCGCGAUUGUGGCCCAAUAGGUGUUUAUGUGUGUGACAUGUCUGUCUCAGGUGUCUGCGGUUGGCGUUGUGGCGUGGUGGUGUCUGGGUGUGGGUUAGCAUGGUGUGGGUCGGGUGGUCUGUGGCUCGUCGUGCCUCGCUGUCUUCUGUUCGCUUUUUUUGUUUCGCUUUCCCCCUUCUUUCCACCUCCGGUUACGGCGCAGUUAGGUGGUGCCUGAAGAAGUCUGACGUGGUUAGUCUCGUCCAGUGGAACCAGCGUUUGUUAUAGCGGUAUCUGAUUUGGGGUAUCUGCUUUCAUGUCCUUGUGGCUUCCACCUCCUCUAUCCACCUUGUUAUGGUGUCGCCAUGGUGGUAUGGUGUAGGAGGAAGGUGGCUGGGGACUGUGGCAGGAGCUCAUCCGUGACCUCAUGUAUUAUUGUCCGUAUUCUUUCCCAGAACGGUCUUAUAUGGGUGCAUGUCCACCAAAUGUGUAUGAACGUACCGGCCUCCUCCUCGCAUCUCCAGCAUGUGUCUUGGAUUUCUGGGUUCCUGGCGUGAAGUGUCGUCGUUGUCAGGUACCAUCUGGUAAGUAUCUUGUACGAGUUUUCUUGUGAGCGCGCCGAGCUCGGUGUUUUUUGUAUCAGGGAAAGGCUUUUGUCCCUGUCCGCUUCCGUCAUGGUUUCCUCAAGGUCUUUCUCCCAUUUUUCUGAUGAACGGUGGCGCUAGCAAGUAUCUGCUUGUGAUUAAGAUAGUAUAGCUUUGUGAGAUGGCUCGCAGUGGUUCCUUGUCUUGCGUGCAGAGAAGUUCAAAUUGUGUUGGUUCUCUCAGUAUGGAUGGUUGUUGCAGGAUGGAUCUAGUGCAUUGAGUAAUUUGCGCUCUUGCUAGAGCGUGUGCGAAUGUGUGUGGUCUGCUUGGGUAAAGGUCAUCCAGUGGUCGGAUGUCGAAUGGUCGGAGGAGGACGUCUUUUAUGCAGGGUAUUGUUUUGUGUCCCGCUGGGCCUGGUGUGGGGCCAUAGUCCCCGGCCGGGAAAGUCUGGGUUUCCCUUUAGGGGCAGGAGCGGGCCUGGGUCCGUUGUCAGGUAUUGUUUCGUGCCUUGCCUGUGCCAUACCUACAUGGUCGCCGCCACGAAUGGGUUGGUAAUAUGUUUGCUCCUGUACGCUGCCCUGGAGAUCCAUGGUAGGGUUCUGAGGUCACAGCUGGUUAUCUCUGCUUCUAGUUGUGUUUGGUGCCGCUGGCUAUCGACCAGCUGAUGACUCUUCUGUGUGCCGCGUGGUAGUAUUUUUCAAAGUCGGGGAGCGCUAGGCACCCUCUGAGCUUGGGCAGAAUCAGUUCGGUGUGCGCUAUGCGUGGAGAUUUGCCCUUCCAGAUAAAAGUGCGAACCUCCGUCUUGAGUGUCGAGAAGAACGUUUGUGGGGCUCUUAUCGGCACUGUUUGAAAUAUGAAGAGUAGCUUCGGCAGCAGAGUCAUUUUUACCGCGUUCACUCUGCUCAGCCAGGAUAUGUAAUACGAUCCCCAUCUAUGCAAUUUCUCCGUUGCUUUUUUUAGUAUUGGGAGGUAGUUGUGGGUGUAUGUGAGCCAUAUCCCCAGAAAUUUCAUGCGGUGAUCACACCAGCGAUAUGGGUGUUGUCUCUGGGUCAUUUGUUUGUGUGUGGCUGAUAGGUUCAGUAUCUCCAAUUUUGUGAAGUUGAUUCGGAGGUUCGAGAUGUGACCAUAUAUGUCGAAUUCUGUCUAUCGCUCGUAGCGAUAUCUCUGGGUCUGUAACUACGAACAGCAUGUUGUCCUCAUAUGCCAGUUUUGUGGUGUGUGUUUCCGACUGUCAGUCCCCGGAUGUCUGCGUUGUCGGAUCCUGUUUAGGAAGGGCUCCAGCGUCAGCGCAAAGAGUAUGGGCGAAAGCGGGCAACCCUGUCUAGUUCCGUUGUGGAUCUUAAACGGGUCUGUCAGCGCGCCAUUGAUCUGGAUUCGCGCUGUUGGGUUGGUGUACAGCGUCUGCACCCAGGCCAUGUAGUUUGGACCGAUGCAGAGGGAGCGGAGUGCUUCAAACAUCAGGUCCCAGUCCACCCUGUUGAACGCUUUCUCUGCGUCCGUGGAGUAGGGCUGGGACUUUCUCCUCUCACGUGCGCUAUGAGGUUCAGGGCUCUGAUGGUGGUGUCACUCACCUCCCUGCCCGGGAUGAAACCCGUUUGAUCUGGGUGAAUUGUGGCUAGUAGUAAUGGUGCCAAGCGUGCCGCCAGUACGCUCGCCAGAAGUUUGAGGUCUGUGUUCAGUACAGAAAUCGGUCGAUAGCUUGGACAUAGUGUGUGGAGGUGUCGUGCUUGUGUGUUGUGCUCCUUAUCCUCCUUUGGGAGAAGGGUGAUGUUCGCCGAGGUGAAUUGGGCUGUUGGUGUGUCCUGGAUAGAGUUCAGAGCUUUCAAAAGUUUCGGUAAUAGGUCAUUCGCGAAGGUUUUGUAAUAUUGGAGGGGUAGGCCAUCCAGUCCUGGUGCUUUGCCCGUUUUUGCUUUUGUGAUGGCGUGCGCCAAUUCCUCGGGAGUUAUGAGGGUCUCUAGUGCUUCUUGGUCUACCUCCUCUAUUCCUGGUAUAUUCGCUGUGUCUAUGUAUCUGCGGAUGUCCUCGACUUUUUGGGGUCUCGGUAUUUCUGGAGUGGCUUGGCGGAGGCAAUAUAGGUCCUGGUAGUAGUCGUGGAACGCUGUCAAGAUCUAAUCCGGUAGGUGCCUGAGUUGUUGUGCGUCUUUGAUUUUAUGGAUAUAUAGUUGGUUUCUGCGUUGCUUUAGGAGAUUCGCUAACAGUCUCCUGCAUUUGUCCCCGUGUUCAUGGAUCAUAUAUUUGUAGUGUUGGAUUGCGCGGUUCAGGUGUGUGGUGAGUUGGUUCCAUUUGGCCAUUAGUUCCUUGUAUACCGUGUCCAUGGUGCGUUUGUGUCUAGCCUCUAAUGUCUCGAUUUCUUUACUGAGUUCUAGUAUCGUCUGUACCGCCCUCUUUUUGCGGGUCGCACAUAUCGUGAUGAGUCUGCCUCGAAUAACAGUUUUGUGCGCUUCCCAGCAUGUCAGUGGGGUGACAUCGUCUGUCUCGUUGUCUUUGAAGUAAUCCUGUAUGUGGUGACUGACCUGGUCUUCGACCGUGAUGUCUGAUCGAUUCGUUCAGUCGCCAUGACAUUUGUCUGAGUUUGUUUAGUGGUGACUUCAUCCGUAUGCGAAUUGGGCAGUGAUCAGACCAUGUCAUCGGUAGGAUUUCCGUGGUGUUGAGCAGGAUUAGAUUGUGAUGAGGUACUAAGAAAUAGUAGAGUCUUGUAUAGGUCGAGUGAGUCGUAGAAUAGAAAGUGUCUGCCAGCUGGUGGAGGUGUAAGAGGCGGAGUGUGUUGGCGUGGAUGUGGAAUCCUGGUCCGGGUGUAUCGCCAGGUUGAGAUCUCCUCCUAUGAUCACGGUGCCUUCCGCGAAUUUCAUCAAUGUGUUCAAUGUACUUCGAAGGAAGUGGUAUUGUUUCGUGUUUGGGGCGUACACGUUAGCGAAUGUGUACGUUUGGUCCAAUAUUGUGCCUUUUGUGAAAAUGUAUCUGCCUUGCUUGCAUCUUAUGGUGGCUUGCUCCGUGUAUGGGACUCGCCUUGAAAAGAGGAUGCAGACUCCCUGUUAGCGUUUGUCCUGGUUGUGACUGAAGUAUCCCGUUUAAAAGUUCCGGACUUUCAAGGCUGGUGCCCUACCUUCCUGGAAGUGCGUUUCCUGGAGAAACGCUAUUGAAGCUUUGUAGUGUUUCAAGUCACGCAGUAGUCUUGUGCGUUUCUCCCUGACGUUUAAGCCGCGUACAUUAUAGGAGACUAUGCAUAGGUCCUCCCUGGUGAAUCCACUGGGUUCUUGUACCGGCAUCGUCCAGGCGGCCCGAGGGGGCGUCGGAGACGGGGCGGGUGGGUCUUGGGCAUGUAUAUGUGUGCGGCUUGGUGCAGUCUGUUUUGCGUCUAGGCUCCGGUUAAAGCAGUAUAGGUACUUGCUGUUGGUUGUGUCUUUGUGGGUGCGGAGGAUAACGGACAGGUGUCCCGGUUGUUCGACCUAUAGGUCCCACCCAGUGGUGUGCCUGUGUCGGUGCCGGGAGUGGUACGUCCCCUGCUAAGUGAGGACUUUUGUGUCCUAUGCUUGUGGGGGUGUCAGGCUAUAUGUCAGAGUAGGCUUGGACUGCCGCAAGCAGUGUCGGGGGCCGCUUUGUGACUGCGCUUAUGUGGUGCGGGUCUUGAAUUGCAUUUUACAUCGCAUGCAUUGGGUGGGGCCCCUUCCUCCCCCGGGUCAUUUCAUGGUGGGUUUCGGUUGAUCCAACUUGGGGACUUUCACUUGAUCCUCAUUGCCAUUGAUCCCCUUAGCGUCUAUGCUUAUUGUGCAUCCAUGUUUGGUGAAUGCGGUGUCUUACUUGAAGAAUGCGCCUGGGGUCCCCCCUCACCUCUGGUGCCUGUGUGUUUUACCUCAGGAUACCUAUUUUAGAUCUCCCCCUGUCAUCUCCCACCUCCCAUUUCCCUCCCCCCUCCAGUCCUGCGUUCAGUUCCCUUUCUCAUUCUUUCCCUCCUCCUCUGUUUCCUUUCCUUGUACCUGUCCCUCCCAUCCAUCCAUCCCUCCCCCCCCUUCGUCCUCCUAUUUCCCCCUCCCCUCUCUACUCUCAGCCGCUUUGCUUGUGUUUCUAUUUUUUCCCCCCUAGUCUCCGACCCUUUUAUGUUGCCAUCUUAACCCUCCCUCCCCAUUGGUGGUUUUGUUAAUUCGGCCCAGGUGUGUCCCUGUUGGUGGCUCCCAGUAUUGUGUCCCGUAUCACGGCUCAGGCGAGUUGCACUUUCUGUGCGUCUGCCUGGCCUUAGCAGUGCCAGUGUAAAUGACCCCGUACCCUUCCCCAAAUGUCUUGUCUUGCCCCCCCCUUGGCUCUGCCAGCGUGCAGUGGUUUUUCUCAGCUUGGAACCCUUGCGCUUGGUUGUCCCUUCGAUCUGUGGUUUGCUGCGCUCCAGUUCCCCCAUGUCCCUAUCCCCCACCCCAGCGUUUGUCUGCAUGGCUGGCAUGCUUUCAUGUGUCCCCCCCAAAUAGUACUCACAGUCCAUUUCUCUGUGCUGCAUGCAAGUCCCUGGUCUUGCGGCGUUCAGUUAGUGCUCCUGUUCACGCCUUGCCGGGCCUGGGUUCCAGUCUCUGCGGCGCUGUUGCUGGGGCCUUUGAGGGCCCUGCGUGGUUGCUGCGGUCCAGGCGGUGGUUGGAGAAACGAUCUCGCCAGCCAGUCUGGUACUUGAAGUGGUGGUAGGCCCAUGGCCCGGAGAAAACCUGGGAGGUUGCCUGGCCUCCUCACCACCAGUUGAUCCAGGCCGUGCUUAGCUGAGUGAGAAUGGGUAGCCCCAGCGAUACAGUAUUCCUGCCUGUUGCAGGGCAGAUGUUACCGGGCGUAGGGCUCUCCUGGCUUGGAGGGUGUAUCGGGACACAUCUUGAUAAAUCGAUAUGUUUUGGCUCUCAAAGUGGAUGGUCCCCAUGCGGCGAGCCAUGCCCAGAAUGUCUUCCUUCAGUUGGUAAUAUUCUAGGCAGCAUAUGAUAUCUCAAGGUUGUUCUUCCGGUGCCGGCAUGGGCCGCAAUGCCCUGUACGCCCUGACUAGGGCUAGUCUGGGUAGUUGCUGGCCCCCCAGUACCUGGGUGAACAGUCGUUUGAAUAUGUCUGGUAUGUGUUCUGCUGGGCCUCCUUCCCUCGCCCCACGGACGCGCAGGUCCAGUCUGCGGCCGCGGUUGUCUAGGUCAUCUAUCCACGUGGUGAGGCUGGCAAUGUCAGCUUCCUGGUUAGCUACGGCUGAGUGUCUGUUCCAGGUCAGUGCAGAGUGCCCUGGUCUCAGACUCUGCCACCAACAUAAGGGCCUCCACAUUGGCCAGGUCGGCACGUAGCUGGGCCACCUCCUCCCUUACUACGCGGCCCAGGCGGUCAGACAGGGCCUCAAAGUCUGCUUUGGUGAGUAUGUUUGCCAGUAUGGCCCUCCACUCACCCUUCUGCGUGAGCUGCUGGUGCUGGCGAUAGUCUGGCCGGCGUGGAGGGGAAGGAUUCAAGUUCCUGGCUUGCGGCCUCUGGCUCCCGCUGUGGUGAGUGAGCGCGGGUUGCGGCAUGGAGGUAGGAGCGGAUGGAUUGCUCCCCUUCUCGUCCCGAAGAUCUCGGGGUGCCGUUGGGUCCGUUAGCUUCUUCGUGCGACCCAAAUCCUGUUGUGUGGGCGAGCUGGAUGCGUGGGUGAUUGCGGAUUUUCAGUGGGCGACACGAGGAGCUCUUGUUUUAGGCCUCCAUCUUCCCCGGCUUGGUUGGAUCUCACCAAUUGAGGAUUGCAAUCCCAGACUUCAAAUUAUCCAAUAGUAGUAGGAUGUCCAAUAGUUGUUAAAUAAGGUGUAACACCAGAGUCCCUUGAUAUGCAGACCGGGAAACCAGGGUAGGCUCCUACAGUGGGUAAGUCCAAUAUUAGAACUCCUUCUUGUUGCUAGGCUGUGCUGGGCAUGUAUAGCUGCUUGGCUGUUCUCACUCACGUCCUGCUCAAUAUGCUAGGUAUGUAACCACUGGGCUGUGCUCUCGGGACGAACCAGUCCCUUCAAUGGCCCCUGUCACAGUAUGUCACAGCACCAACCAGUAGAAGAGUGCCAGUACAUUCUGUGUUUUUUGUAGAGUUUAAUUCUUUGCUUGAGCAUCUAGCAGAACAGAGGUUAAUCUUUGGACUGCUCAACAUAGUCUAAUCUAAAUAUUGUUAAACUUAUUUUUUUUUUUUUUAUAUAUAUAUAUAUAUAAAUGUAACACACCAAGCACUAUAGCCUGCUGUAGUAGUUAUGGAGCAGGAUUGUCCUGGCACACUCGCAGACAAAUUACCUUGGUCCAUCCAGAGUGGGUGUACAUCGCUACCCAACUAUGUAUUUAAAGGACCCCUAUAUUGCCAGGAAAACAAACUUUUUCCUGGCACUAUAGGGUUAUUAAGUCCCCCCCCACCCUCAUUGCUCCCCUCAUGCUGCGCUGAAGAGAUAAAACCCCUUCAGCCACUUACCUUUCUCCAGCGCAGGGCUCCCUUGGUGUUGGUGAACCCUCCUGCCGAUGUCAGCACCAAAUGUGCGCAUUCUGCCCACAGUUGCCGUGGCUUGACUGGGUGCCCUGGAGCCGAAUGGGCUCCAGGAAGUCCUUACAAGGACUUUCCCAGAUGAAUCCCCUGCAAGCUGGAACAGCAGACACAUGAGUAAAUAUUCUUUCCCUCCAAUAACAGGACGACACACAGUUUUUAAGUGUAAGCUGGAACUGCAUUUUAAUGGAGGCACACUGGUCUUUUAUGCAAGUUUCCCAACAAGGGUAACCCCAGGUGGACCUUGUUGGUCACAGGGGCACAAAGUGAACAAACAGUCAUGCAGUAAGACACUCCCAUACACAAACAAUAGAAUCCCUCCUCUGUGCUUGGGAGAUAAUUAAAUCAGGAACUGUACUAAUCUAACCUAAUUAUCUACAAGCACAGAAAAAACACAAUUUUAUUCAACACCAAAAAAGUACCUUUAAAAACACACAAAAUCCCAUAGUCACAUCCCCUGAUCGGUCAAAAAUAUGACUUCUAGGAAAUUCCUGAAUCCCUGAACCGAUCUGGGUGAUUUUUGGAUAUGUUGUUCACCCAGAUCGGUUCAGGGAUUCAGGAAUUUCCUGGAAGUCAUAUUUUUGACCGAUCGCAAACAUGGCCCUAUGCCCAAAACAGUUCCAGGGUAAUCAGUGCUAACAGUCGGUCAAGUUUGGUAGUCUUUUAAAGGUUUCCUUGCAAGGCCUAUAGUCUGUGGGCAGGAGGCUGGCAAGCAGGCUUCUCCAGCAGCUUGUGGCAAACUCAGUUAAAAAUGUGAUUUUGCCACAGUAAGCACUGCUAUGUUUUCAGCUGUGGCGUUUAAACUAGAGGGACCUGGCACCCAGACCAUUUCAUUGAGUGGUCCUUUGAAACGUUCAUAGCCUGUUAGACUAUUUUCUCAUAUAAGGUGUCUGGGCCCUCCUGGCGCCCUAACCACUACAAUGUGGAGUAGUAUUGCUUAGUUUUCAUUUUAAUGUAAAGUUUUUGUAUUGGCAUUGCAGUGGGGUUGUUAUUUGUAUACACUGCAUACCUAUAGUGGGAUUUAGAAGUUUGUGCCAGCAUUUUCAAUGCAGUAUUUUGUUUGCAUUAAGAAAUUGUUUUAUUUAACAGUGAGAUACAUGCAUUGAAGUAUGUAUUUCUUCUUUCUAGGAUACCUGUUUUACUUUGAGCUAACUACUUCCUGGUGAUAUCCCUGAAUGCAUUUAAUAUUGCCAUUCAAAUAACAUUGCCAGUACAUAUACAUAGAUCUACAUCAAUGUGGAUUUUAUAUAUUUUUUUUCUCUCAAUAGGCUGUUUUAGUUCAUAUCAAUUGCUGUACAUAGUUAUUCCAUUGUUAUUGUAUAACAAAUUCAUACAUUUGUUUUUCAUUUUGUUUAGGGCCUCUUUCAUCCUGCAAGAAAGGUUAGAGAUGUAUAUUGGAAGAUCUACAAUUCAAUAUACAUUGGUUCACAAGAUGCUCUCAUAGCGCAUUAUCCUCGGAUCUACAAUGAUGAAAAGAAUACCUAUAUUCGCUAUGAACUCGAUUACAUCUUAUAAAAAUAUGGAGUCCCCUGUGUUUUUGGGGGGUUUUAUGGGGUUUUUUUUUUUUUUUUUGCCACCGUUUCUAUAUUAACUUUGAAUUUGAUGUAAAAUUAAAUUUAUUGCUCACUAGAGCUGAUGGUCACAUAGACAAAUGUCAUACCGCAUGAUAUUUUUAGAAGCAGUCUGUUUUGAUGUAAACUCUUAACAGUAGUGGCCAUAAAACCAGUAGUUUGUCUCCACAGGUCUGUUUUUGGUCCAUCUACAUAGUCAGACAUCAUUCCUAGUAGUUAAAAAGGAAGUGUAUUUGGGAAAUAAACUUUUUUUUUAUGUAUAAAAUAAAAUGUGGGUCUUAUUUGUUCAAAGAAAAAAAUGUUUUUGAGGUUUUUUUUUUGUGUGUGUGUGGGAGGGUUAAUAAACAGAUUCUAAACAUGA